AUGUGCUGUUACGAGAAGGUGAGUUUUUCUUUCCAAUAUUUAGUUGAUGGGGAAUUCCCUGCUGAAGUCAGGACUCAGUUAUGAACUUGAUGCUGGUGGCAGAAGGAAAGAUGAGAUCCUUGUAGACGUAGGGUUUGUCAGUCCAUGUGUGUUCCAGCUUGCUUGAGAUUGCUACUUCACUGUCGGGGUGUGCUGGUGUGUGUGUGUGUGUGUGUGUGUGUGUGUUGCUGUUCAAAUGAAAGUUGAUGCUUUUAAUAAUUUCAAAACCUGCACCUUCCGACUGGGGAGUUCCACAGCUCUCUCAUUAAUUUAUGAUGAGACCGCUGGCCUCAGCCACAACUCAAGAGAAACAAAAAUGAUUGCUCGAGGCAAUCUGAGAGGCUGCUAAUGCAACAACAGUGUCAUAUGACAGAAGGAAGGAAAAGAGGCCCUGCUUCAGAUGAGCAGAAAGAGGGUGGGAGGAAAGGCAGGAAGUGUCAGAGCUACCCUGGCACAGAAGGACACAAAUGCAUAAGGAAUUAGGCAAAGACAUCCAGCCAUUAAAGACCUAUUUGUCAUUCUAAAGCAGGGGUGAGGAUCCUUUUUCAUACCAAGGGCCACAUUCCCUGCCAGGGGCCACAUGCUAGGCAGGGCCAGAGUCAACAGUGUGUAGAGCAACAAAUGCAAAGGUUACCUUUGCCCAGUAGGCAAGUUUCUGCACAUUUCUGUCCAUCCUUCUUCCAGGCAAGCAAGAGGUGAUAUCAGGUACCAAUUGUAGCCAGGUAAAAACACUUUUGGCCACCAGUCCUGAGGUUCCCCUGUUUGAGAGUCUGCCUGUGGUAUUUGCUAAACUAGAGGUAUUUGUACUAUUAAUUCUAUGAAAAUUGGAAUUGUAUGUAGGUUUAAUAACAAGAGCUGGUGAGCUCUGCUUGCAGGAGGAGGAAUGAAGAGGGCUCAGGUCAGGUCGAGGCCAAGCUGGAGUCAGAGCAUAGGGCUCAGUCCUUCAAGGCUUUGGGUAUGAAUUCACUAGAAGAUGCUCAAAGGACAAGAACUAUGCAGAGGAAGGGAGAAAGGGGACAGUAUCUAGGGGUUGCCUCCAGGCAUUCAAGCAGAUACUGGUAAUUUCAGUUUGCACAAAGUGGGUUAAAGCCUUCUGUUGCUGUAGUGCAUCAAAUCCACUUUUUAAAAGAGCUUCUUGCAGUUAGGGAAGUGGAUGGGAAACGCUCUGGAAAGUGUGGUAUGAACAAAUGAUUAAUGCAAAGACAUACAGGCACCCCACAAGCAAAACAGGAUGGGUGCUCAUUGUUAUAUAACCUCCCCACAGAGAAAUCAGAAUGAAUGCUCAAUAAAAACAGGGCAUAGUUUAACCACUGCAUAAGCUUUGUGCAAUGAAACUGGGAUGAAUCGUCAAUAAAUUGGUUGUCUAGAGGAGCCCCAAGAGAAAGGUUAAGUGCUCUUUGCCCAGGUUGUUGUGAGAGAUGGUGUUUAAUGUUGGAAAUGAUGGGAGGAAUUCACCUUGGUGCUAAGUGGGGUGUGUAUGCAGGGAACAAGGUCCGUUCAUGCAAUGGAACUUUCCCUCUUCUCCUCCCCCUGUGCAUCCUAGUGUACCCCCAUGCCUGUUCCAGAGGUUCCCCCAAAAGCUUAGUAAAAUUUGUUUGUAUUUGUUUCUUCAGUGACACGUUGGUUGCUACUGACGUUUUGUGCAUGGUUUAACGGUUAACAUGUUUUAGCCUCUAGAGAUAUAGUUAAUUAUUGUUGUAAUAUUAUAUUUAUUCCUGCCCUGCGACCAUUCAGCUAUAAACACUAUUAACUGCCCCCCCCAUGAUAUCUUUCAUUGGAGGGAUGAGUGUUUAAAAUACUGUGCCUUUGUGCUUUCCUCAUCAGGCCUUGGCAGUCAGAGUCAAAAUAUAAGGAUGUUAUGUGUUCAAGUUGCAGAUAGCUUCUGCAUCCUGUGUCCCCCUUAGGGAUAGGUUUUUCUUUCCUAGAAUCUGGGGACUUCCAAAGAAGCUGAAUGAGUGAAGAUUCAGGACAAGAGAAUGGAAAGCACUCAGGAGUCAAAUUGUAGAAUUAGCUCCCACAAGAGGUAGCAAUGGCUAUCACUUGAACGGCUUCACAGGAGGUUUAGACAAAAUCAUGAAGACUAAGGCUGUAAAUCACUACUAGUCAUGAUGGCUAUAUUCUGCCUGAACUGUUGGAGGCAGCAGACCUCUGAAUGUCAGUUGUUGGGAAUCACUGGACUAGAUGGGCAUUGAACCUGAUCCAGCAGAGCUUUCUUUAUGUUCUUAGAACAAAGGAGCAGAAUGGCUUAACUGUGAUAAUUACAAAUAGCUUAGCUUCACUCUGAAUUGUGUUGCUUAAGCCUCCUAGAGCGAAGCCUCUCUUGAGUUUUGGACUGGGGUUUGGGGAGAAUGCAGCAAAAGGAGAUAGCGUUUUUGGAGGAAGUGUCGCCUUGCGAGAGAGCUUGCUUCUCACACAGAAAACAGCCAAUGUUUUUAAUGGGAGCAACUUGCAGUAUGACAGUUUUCUAUGUCACUGUGUGCGCAAGCCCCUCAAAGUGAGAUGCAGUAGAAAAAAAUUCAGUCUCCUUAUUGACAGUGUCAUUCUUUCAGUCUCCAGAGAUGGAUGAUCCCAGGCAUUUCACAUAUCUUUUGAAUUGCACAAGCCGGUAUUUGAAGCCGCACAACUGCUCAGAGGCAAUAAAAUCUGUUCAACUAAGGCAAACUUAGAUAAAGCCAUUGGAGAGUCAGUAAUUCUGAAUUCCUCAAUGUCGGGUUCCUCAAUUCAGAUCACUAGGGUUUCCUGAAGACAACAAGCAGGAGCUGUGUGUAUCUAAGGACUUGUCAGCAAGCAACAGUUCAGUUCUUGUUGUUACAAGUAAAAUGUGGCAAGAUAUUAAGCACCGCUCCGUAUGCUACAGGUAGCUGCUCCUGUUGGCAAGCAGUGAGAUUCCCUGGCUACCAAGGAUAUAUAAUUCAGGGAAACAGAAAUGAUGUUAAAAUCUCCUUAUGAGCAUUUAUAAUUCAUACCAAGUUCUUUUUUCACAGAGUGGGGAUUCAGGCUGCCAACUUGCUUGCGUUGUCAGGUGAUUUUGAGCUGCUGCUGGUGGUUUGCGUUUUGAGGAACCUGCAGUUUUUGAAGGAGUCAUUCGUUGUCUUCCAGCCGAAGCCAAAAGGUGCUAUGGCAAUCCUUCCAUUGGUGCAAGCAUUUCAGCUUGCUUGGUGGAAUGACCCUCCCCUUCUCCCCUUGUGCUUUGUUGUGGGUUCUCCUGACCCUCCACCCCAGAGCAAAUCUUCUGGGACCACAGGGGAAGAAGAAGAAGAGUUUGGAUUUGAUAUCCCACUUUAUCACUACCCGAAGGAGUCUCAAAGCGGCUAACAUUCUCCUUUCCCUUUCUCCCCCACAACAAACACUCUGUGAGGUGAGUGAGGCUGAGAGACUUCAAAGAAUUGUGACUAGCUGCAUGUGGAGGAGCAGGGACGCGAACCCAGUUCACCAGAUUACGAGUCUACUGCUCUUAACCACUACACCACACUGGCUAUCUCCUUUUGCUGCAUUCUCCCCAAACCCCAGUCCAAAACUCAAGAGAGGCUUCUCUCUAGGAGCCUUAAGCGGGAGAGCCCCGUUGUGGGCUUCCACAAGUGGAUCUCAUUAGUUGAAUCCAGCUCAAUGGCUUUCUUCAAGAGUCUGCCGUAGGUUGGAUGGCAUGGGAUGCUCCUGCUUUAGCUGUUGUGUGGUUGUUCUCUGCCCCCAAAAGUGGUGGGUCUCAAGGGAUUCUGAGAUACAGAGUCCCGCUUUUGCAAUCGUCGUUGGUUGCUAAGUCCCCAGCAUUUCCAUUGUGAAGAAAGGAAAGGGCCGUAGCAUAGUGAGAGAGCACAUGCUUUGCACCCAAAAUGUCCCAGAGUCAAUUCCCAGCAUCUCCAGGUAGAAAUGAGAUGGACUCCUGGCUGGAAACCCUGGAGAACUGCUGCCUGGCAGCGGUGACAAUACUGAUCUAGAUGAACCGAUGGUCUGUCUCAGUAGAAGGCAGCUUUUUAUACGCCAAGGGGGGAAAAAGCUUGCCCAUGAGAAUCAAUAUUUCUUUGUUUUGUUCCCUUUAUAUUCCACUUCCAUUUCCAAGGAGCUCUAGGUUGUGUACAUGGUUCUCCCCUGCGCACAACAACCCUGUAAGGUGCGUUUUCUUUCUUGGUAGUGGCGCCCACCCUGUGGAACACCCUCCCAUCAGGUACCAAGGAGAUGAGUAAUUAUACCACUUUUAGAAGACAUAUGAAGGCAGCCCUGUAUAGGGAAGUUUUUAAUGUUUGAUGUUUUAUUAUGUUUCUGCAUAUCCUGGAAGCUGCCCAGAGUGACUAGGGCAACCCAGUCAGAUGGGUGGGGUAUUAUUAUUAUUUCUUCAGAGACAUUGUUACUUCAAGCUUCAUUCGGAUGUGAGGGCGAUCUGGCUGUGACAUCUGUCACCCCAUUGAUCGCCAGGGUUGAUUCAGCUGAUCUGGCUGGCUAGGCGGGUGUCCCCUUCCUCCCUCACCACUCCACCUCACGCUCACUCCAUGUGCGUCCCUCCUGAAGCUACGGGCUCGGUGGAAGAGGACUGAGAUGUUAACAUAUGAGUGCUGGAGGUGAAAUAGUUAAACAGGUUGUCCAGUCAGGACCCAGGGGGGUGGAGUCAGUGGGACUAUAAAACCAGCUCUGGGAGGGGCAAAGGGAGGAGUUGGUUGGGAGUUGGGUGGUUGGUUGGAGUGGGAGUGAAUUGGGAUAGAGUUUGUGAGUAGGUUGAGUUAGUGUAACAAAAUAGGCUGUGUCAGGAACAGACAAGCUAGGCAGACAAGUAAAUAUCAGAGAGGUGGUUUAGUGAGUGAGAGCAGGUAGUGAAAGUUAUAGGACUGGAUAGGCACCCCAUGAAUGUAAUUGACUGAUACCGUUUAUGAAACCACACGCUUGUUAAACUACAAUAAAUAAACAAAAGUUUAUGUUUCAAUUUAACCCUGACGGGACUCAGUAUUGUCCCAAGUAGGGCCUGGGUGGCGGCAGCGAGAAAUAAAGUGGUGGCACAGGGAUUAAUAGACGGUGAAACGUCCGGAGACCCUGUGUGAUCGCCCCAAGGACGACCAUCCCGGAUAGAAGGAGUGUACCAUUCUUCAGUCAAGGGUACACGAUAGCUGCGCUCCCCUGCUAGAACCUCCUCAAGCUUCAUUUGAACCAUACCUUGUGCCUUUUUGUACCACAGGAUUCUCCGUAGUUCAUAUUUUCUUCUGCCUCCCUGGUUGAAGGAUAUAGAGCAGUAACACACACACACACACACACACACACACACACACACAGGCCUUUUUAGGGCCUGUGCUCAGCAGUAGCUGUGACUGGCACGAGCGGAUGUGCAGUUAAGCUUACAUAUCUAAGAUGCUGAGAUGUUCCGUGCUUCAAAGUGCCUUUACGCAAACGAUGCACUUCAGGCGAGCGUGUCCUUAGGAUCCAAUCCCUCUAUCCUGUGUGCCUGCUGCUGCCCCUGCAGCCCCAGAGGGAGAGAUGCCAGUCAAACCAUGCGUGGGCGUAUGAGACCAAGGCAGUGAGCACCGCUGGUUUGUGUUUUUUGUCCAUAACAAUGAGCAGCGGCACAAUCCAUUUCUUCCUGGAGCCAGGGAUAGAAAACAGAAAGAGGAGGCAGGGAGCAGAGGGGCUGGCAGGUGUGUCCCUUAUUACUCCAAAGGCCAAUUCUCUCCCCUACCUCUGACAGUGCCUGCGGAGAAUGUGGCUUUUCACAAAUGCCUCCGACAGCCCAAUAUUCCAAGGUGUCACAACCCGAAGAAUUCAAUAAACCACCUUUGCGAUGGUGGCUGGCAUUGUUUGGUGCUCAGGUGCAUGUGGAGGGGGGUGGCAAUGGAAAAGCGAGCUGCUGGAGGAGCUUUCUUUAUCUUAGCGGCUAUUAUGAGAGGGCUAAAUUAAACAAGCCAGCCGCUGAAAAGAAGGAAGCACUAAAGCCUCCCAGGAAGACUCUCUUGUUAAUCAAAACAGAAAAGGCUCCUCUCUCUUUUUUCAUUUAAGGAUCUGAAAGACUCCUUCCUGCAUGUGCGUCGAGAGCUAGGAAGAAUUUGGGAGGAGGGGAAUGUGAAUAUUGAGUCUAAAACUGCUGGUUUUGCUGUAUUUGGAGUUUUAGAGGAGGGUUAACCCCUUUCACGGCACGCAGGUGGCACUGUGGGUUAAACCACAGAGCCUCUUGGGCUUGCUGAUCAGAAGGUCGGCGGUUCGAAUCCCUGCGACGGGGUGAGCUCCCGUUGCUCAGUCCGUGCUCCUGCCAACCGAGCAGUUCGAAAGCAUGUCAAAGUGCAAGUAGAUACAUAGGUACCGCUCUGGAGGGAAGGUAAACGGGGUUUCCGUGAGCUGCUCUGGUUCGCCAGAAGCGGCUUAGUCAUGCUGGCCACAUGACCCGGAAGCUGUACUGAAAUAUACUCAGAGUCGAGAGUGGAUUUCAUGCUCUUUAUUCAGCUCAUAGUGGUGAGGAGGGAAUGGAAGUCCCCUCAAAGUAUCUGCUUUAUAUACAUUAUUUACACAAUGGGCUGCACGUGAUUGGCUAAUUCUGGAAUUCUCCUGUAAGCCAAUCAGGUUGUGGAUUCACUUCUAUCUGGAGCUGGAUUGGGUGGCUCCUGCCGACCAAUCAUACUGCUGCAUUGUUCUAGGACCAAUCAGACCGCUGCAUUCUGAAUCCUAUUGUUCUAGGACCAAUCAGACUGCUGCAGUUUGGAUCCUAUUCAACUCAGUACAUAACACGUACGCUGGCUCCCUUGGCCAAUAAAGUGAGAUGAGCACCACAACCCCAGAGUCGUCUGCGACUGGACCUAAUGGUCAGGGGUCCCUUUAACUUUACCUUUACUAUCUCCUAACCUCUCCAACUUCAAUUCCAACCCUCUCAGCUCCCACAACUCCUGACUGUCUCUCCUCAAAUCCUCUCCUUUUAAACUCUCCCUCCUGGAACCACAGCCAAUCAGAAGUUGCCAUUCAUUAACCAUCUGCUGGCAGGGAAGAAAGAAAGAAACACUUACUGUCCCAAUCUGUCCAGCAAAACCAACUUUUUCGUCACACCAGCAGGAGUUUUGAAUCCAUAGUGAUUUUCUUGUUUGAACUCAUUUUUAGUUUCAUUGUACCGAGUUUCCUGUACACCCUAUAGAGGGGACUGUGAUUAAGUGGUAUACAAAUUGUCAACAUAGGUAAAUAAGUAAGCAGUCACUUCACUGCAGAUCCAUAAAAAAGGUCUCUCUGAUCUCAAAUGGUUGCGUUCCCAUCUGCUUCCAGUUGGGAAGUGUACCUUCUCCACAGCAUCUCAGGUACACAUGAUCACGAGAUGAUGGAAAUCCUGUGACUUUGUAAGAAAAGAAGAUGGUUGUUUCCUUUGUUGAAAACUAAAUGGAACAUCCAAUCCUUUCCCAUUUGUACAGUAAGCCUGCUGAGCCAUUGGCUAGUCUCUUAGCAGACAGACUAUAUCCAUUAAGUAUGUAACUUUGAUCGUACAAACAGUCUUGCUCUCCUGCACUGAAGAAACUAAUGUACACCAAAAUAACUGCAGGCCACCCAGCAGCUGACUUCUGACAAAUUAUACCUCCACUAAAUGACAGCUAAUUUAGCUUGAAUUACAGAGACUAAUCAGAUCAAUAGGUUGAAGUGAAAUACAUAAGAGCAAAAUCAAUGGCUCCUAAAAGAUGUAUUGAGUAAUGAAUAAGUGUGGCAAAAGCCAGCAUUGUUCAUUCAUUGUUAAGUGAGAAGGGUAAGGAAUGUUUGGUACCUGAUAAAUUGCAGGCAGGGCCUGUGCAAGAGCAGAAGAGUGUCGCUGAUCUGGGGAACUUACUCUGCUGUGUUGCAUCUGGAAUCAUUGGGACAGACUUAAGGCCGCUGGAAUGAAGGACUUAGGCCAGGCAUAGGAAAACUCCAGCCCUCCAAAUGUUUGGGACUACAAUUCCCAUCAUCCCUAGCUAACAGGACCAGUGGUUAGGGAUGAUGGGAAUUGUAGUCCCAAACAUCUGGAGUUUGCCUAUGCCUGACUUAGACACUUCAAGCUUGUCAUGUCCAGAUAAGGAACACCUGAGGCAAUAGGAAGUUGGAGGGGAGCAAAAACUUGGUGGUGCAUCCAUUUGUAGCAGGGAAGGUUGGCCUGGAUGGCAGGACCCUGGACAGCUCCAGCCUGAUAAACUUGCUCUGGAGCCCACCAUAUUCUCAGCCUAGUUACUUAUCUGAGGGUCCAUUUCUUUGGGGUGGAAGGAGGAGUUUAAAGAGGCAGUACUAUCUAGAGCAGCGGUUCUCAACCUGUGGGUCCCCAGAUGAUGUUGGACUACAACUCCCAUCAUCCCUGAGCUCUGGCCUUGCUAGCUAGGGGUGAUGGGAGUUGUAGUUCAACAACAUCUGGGGACCCAUAGGUUGAGAAAGGCUGAUCUAGAGCAUAGUAAGAUAGGCUCUAAAUAACUGCUACUCAGUUAUUUUAAGCUGGGUGUGUUACCAGCUUCGCUAGGUGAAGGCAGAGACUGGGGGAGUCCUUGGGGAUAAGGAGACCACCCUAGUAGCCUGCAGCUCAGGGGCUCCAUUUCAGGGUGCUGGGAUGGGGAGGAUGCAUGUUUGACAAGGUCAGUAAUCAGAGAUGAGGGAAGGUGUAGCCCACCAACAGCUGCAGGGGUUGCAUGUUCUCCACCCCUAUGUUAAAGGCACAGAGGUCCAUUCCUCCUUUCGUCUCCUGACCUUCAAUGGACCCAGAACAUAGCACAGAUCCCACUUACCACAUUCAGUUAUCCCUGCUUGAAUAGCUAUGCAGAAGAGGGAAUUUUGGCAAAUGCAGCUUCUCAUGCAGAAAUAGACCACAUCUGCUGAUUCCCCCCCAAAAAACUACUUGCUUAUUAAAAAAAUAAUUUAGUUUUACUUAUUGCAAUUUGUUUUUAAACAAUGCAAUUAUAAUUAUAUUAAACAGCAAUUAUCGUAUUUUUCGCCCUAUAGGACUCACUUUUUCCCCUCCAAAAAUGAAGGGGAAAUCUGUGUACGUCCUAUGGGGCGAAUGCAGGCUUUCGCUGAAGCUUGGAGAGCGAGAGGGGUCGGGGCGCCCCGACCCCUCUCGCUCUCCAGGCUUCAGGAAGCUAUCAGCAAGCCUGGGGAGCCCGCGGGAGUUCCCACAGGGCUCCCUAGGCUGCGGAUGGCAGCCUGCUGCGUGGAGUGCGGGGAGCGCUGAAGCAGAGCGCCCUGCGCUUCGGGCAGACAUCGGGCAGCCCCACAAGCUCGGGGGACAGCGGGGAGGCGCAGCGCCACCAUCCCGCUGUUCCCCGACCUGGUUUGGAUUCCCCGACCUGGUUUUGGGGGGGAAAUAAAGGGGGGGGAAAUUCCCUUUAUUUCCCCCCAAAAAACUAGGUGCGUCCUAUGGGCCGGUGCGUCCUAUGGGAUGAAAAAUACGGUAUAUCAUGUAAAGAACUAAGAGCCCAACUCUCCUUUGCGUCUGCUUACCCUAGGUUGGUUCCACCUCAGGUGUACUUUGCUGCCUUGAAGCCGCCACAGAUUCAGGUUUGGUGGCAGGUCAUCCCAUGUAAUGCAUUUUUAACAUAAGGACUGUUAGUAUUUUCCUGGAAUUCUCACAACUAAUGCAAUACAUUUAACAGACCUAACCCAACCCUUAGCUUCAGUGGUGGCUGGUGCCUGCUGAGACUGGUCAGCAGAAGGCAGGGGGAGCAACAGUAGGUUGAGUGAAAGCCAAUGAGAACUAGAGUCAAUUAAUUGUAGCUUGUCCCCAUCCUCCUCCCUGCUGACCUCAACUUCCUCUGAGCCUCCUUCUCCUGAGGCCCCUCCCUCCCUCCCUCCCUCCUACUACUAAUAAUGGCCUCUUUCCUCUCAACUCCAUGUCCUUUUGUGACAUCACAGGCAGCUCGCAGCCAAUGGCAACUGCUGGGGAUGCAUCAACACAGCUCCCCCUGGCCUCGCAGUUGUGGGGGCACCUCAGCAGUGAUUCAUUUAUUAUUAAAAAUAUAUAUAUUUAUAGCCCACCUUUCCAGUGUACAGACACUAGGGAGGGGCACACCACAAAACUCUGUUAUCUGAUGGGCUUCCAAAGGUGAAGAUCAACCAGCUUACAUCCACAAACACCAGCCUUAUGGCACCAACUGGUUUUCAAACACGAGUUCUGCUGGCUUCCACCCACCUUCUGCCAGUUUCCACUAGGUCCAUCACUUCUGGCCAUGGAUAUCGGCUGCCUUCAGUGAGUUGGUUAGUAGUUCACAGCGUGCCACUGUCAUGUGAUCACUUCCAUCCCUCUGCCGGUUCGCUGCCUCUAGCUAGAAGAUGACUGGGCAAUGCUGAAUAGCACAGCCGUUGCCCACUGUGUUCUGCAGGGCAAGAGGGAAAGGCUCACUUUUAUAUACACUCAGCUGCCAUGGGCUUUUGUGAUGUCACAAAUAGCCUGUAGCCAAUGGCAACAAGCUGGAGAUGCAGCAUUCUAAUCUCCCCAGGCCUCACAAAUCCCGCUCUGAUCUCCCUUCAGCAACUGUAUUAGCAGUUUUGAGAUGCCAAUAUGCACAUGGUUCUUAUUCUUAUUCUUCAUAAUAAUAAUAAUAAUAAUAAUUAAUAAUUUUAUUAGUAUUUUCCACACAACACAAAAAAUAACAAUACACAAAACACAAAAACCAACAUUCAAAAAACCAAAUCCAUAUCUUACAAGUUAAUAAUAUAAACACUAAAAAGAAAAACAAACAUUGACUUCCACCAAUCCUUUACCUCUCAUUGUGUCUUCCUGUUUUCCUUAUCAUCUCUAUCCUAGCAUCCAGAUAUAAAUCCGUCUUCCUUAUCCUUUCACUUCACAAGGUUAUUCCAGACUCAGCCAGAUUUCUGUCCUCAAACCUUGGCUUUUAAGGUAUUCAUUUAGACACUCCCAUUCCUUUUUCACUUCACUUUUUGGUUUUUGCCUUAUUAUAUCUGUCAAUUUGGCUUGUUCUAAAUAUUCUGAAAGCUAAUAUGUGCGUGAUUCAGUAAUUGUUUUACUGAGGACGAUCCAUUGCGGGAUAUAAAUGAAUCGUUCUCUUCCCAACGAAAGGUUAGGGUGGAAGAUUUCUGGCCAUGAAUAGCUGCUUGAUGCAGUGUCAGAAAAUCUGAGAGGGAAGCAUAACUUAUUGUGACUGUCAUCACAGGUUUCUUACUAAACCUGAUGGCCAAGCUGGGAAUCACAAGCCCACUCCUGCCCUCUCUGCAGCAAUGAACAUCUGAUUCCACAAACCUUAUGGCAGACUGACAUGGAGACAUGUAUCCACUCCCCCCUGCCCCCCUGUCCUGCCUCCAAUGUCCUACCCUGGUCAAUUGUUACUAGGGUGACAAAGGAGAGACUUUAACAUAAAUGGGAGAAGAUGAGUGAAGCAGAGCAGAAACUCAUUCUCCCCCCCUCCUUUUGCUUAAAAUGGUUGCAUAAGCUUUGGGGAAGCCUUCACUGCCAAGAGGAGCUGCCCACACUCCUGUUUUGAAAUGAAUGAGCAAGAUGUUUAUUUUUCAUCCUUUGAAAAUUAUUCCUAUAAUGUUUGUGAUCCCUUAUAACUGGGGAAAAAAGAACAUCAGGUCUGCAAUGGGAUGAUAAUGUUGGCAACUGAAGUUGUGUUAUGCAGAGCUCUGUUGCGUGUACCUUAAGAGAACAGUGAUUUCUGCAGAUUCCUUGAAAUUUUGAAAACCUCAGAAAGAUUUCACUUGGAAGAUGUGGAUAACACCAAGAUGUCAUUUUGUCACACCACUGUUCCUACUUGAUCUGCAGCACUCCAUCUUUUCUGAGUGCAAACAUAUCGUAGUAGCGGGGGGCAGCAAUGUACCAUAUUUUUUGCUCUAUAAGAAUCACCUUUUCCCUCCUAAAAAGUAAGGGGAAAUGUGUGUGCGUCUUACGGAGCGAAUGCAGGCUGCGCAGCUAUCCCAGAAGCCAGAACAGCAAGAGGGAUUGCUGCUUUCACUUCGCAGCGAUCCCCUCUUGCUGCUCUGGCUUCUGAGAUUCAGAAUUUUUUUUUCUUUUCUUCCUCCAAAAACUAGGUGCGUCUUGUGGUCUGGUGCGUCUUAUAGAGCGAAAAAUACAGUAAUUGAUAUUAAAGUACAUGUCAGGAACUGCGGCAGCUAUGAUAGGUCACUUCCUGAUUACCUGUUUACUGGGAAUUCAUCCUGAUUUGUUUGCAGGGAGGUUAGAUGGCACCAUCUAUUUAUCGAGCAUUCAUUCAAAUAUAUCCAGUCAUUCUUGAGAAAGACAGAUGCCAACAACAUUUAAAUUUGCUGAUUGAUUAAUUGCACUUAUAUCCUUCAUUUUUUGCCAAAGAGCUCAAGGCGACCUCUGCGGGUUCUCUCCUUCCUCAUUUAAACCCCACAACAUCCCUUUUAUGAUACCUUGGAUCAGUGGGUGACUGACCUAAGGUCACCCAGUGAGCUUUAUGGCUGAGACGGGAUUUAAACCCUGGCUUCCCAGGUCCUAGUCAAAACACUUGUACCACUCUGGCUCUCUUUUCAAGGAAGUUAGAAAACAUUACGUCGAGCAAGUGUUGUCCCUCACUUUGCAGUGAGGUGGCACUGUGGUCUAAACCACUGAGCCUCUUGGGCUUGCCAAUUAGAAGGUUGGCGGUUUGAAUCCCUGCGACGGGGUGAACUCCCAUUGUUCAGUCCCUACUCCUGCCAACCUAGCAGUUCGAAAGCACGAAGUGCAAGUAGAUAAAUAGGUACCUCUGCGGCGGGAAGGUAAACGGCGUUUCCGUGCGUUCUGGCUUCCGUCAUGGUGCUGUGUUGUGCCAGAAGUGGUUUAGUCAUGCUGGCCACAUGACCGGGAAAGCUGUCUGUGGACAAACGCCGGCUCACUCGGCCUGAAAGCGGGAUGAGUGCUGCAACCCCAUAGUCGCCUUUGACUGGACCGUCCAAGGGUCCUUUACCUUUACCUUUUACCUUUGUCACUUUCCUUGUUGCAAAAAGCCCAUAUCUGAGUGGGGGGCGGGGGAUUCUGUUCAAAAACUCCCAAUCAACUAUACACAGACAACCUGAAUUUCCUGGUACGUGAUUUAACACCCCCCCCCCCGAUAGUGACAGUUUGGAUGUGGCAAUAGAUAACAUUUACUUUUACUCAGUGCUAUUUUUCUAGAAAAAGAGGUGCCAGAACUCACCGUGAACACUUCUCCGAUCAUGGCAAUGGCGCCCACCUGAGAGGUGCCGGAACUGAAUUCUGGUAAGUUCUGGCUGGGAAAAAAGCCUUGCUUUUACUUCAGAAAAAGAACUUGGAGUCUCAGGAUUCCUCGUUUUCUUGGAAGAUAGGUCUAAGCUGCACAGAAACAAUGAACUCAUCCUAGCACAGGUCCAUAUGUAGCCAGACCAGCAACGUCAACACAGAAGAGGGAGGGAUGAGCAGGCUGACUGGGGGUGGGGGAAGAGAGAUCUGGCAGGGAAAGCACCAGAAUCUUCCUUGCACCUGCUCAUGCUUCACUAGAAAUGCUUCCCCCUCACAACUUCAUAGGAAAUUGGCACGGGCUGUACGAUGACACUCAGCACGUGCCACCCCAGUGAUUAAGCUUGGUCCUGAAGUAGGUGAGGUCAUUAGUACACCAGAACCCGCUUGUGCUAUUCUUCGUGCGUACAAAGGUUGUUAAUGCAGGGCGGAAUGUGGAUGUGCAUUUUCACUUCAUGUGCUCAUUACGCAUCGCUUUCAGUAAAAGCCAAUCUCGGCUCCAGUGGAACAGACUUUGUGACAUGGUAGGGCUCCCCUUUGCUUGAGUAUAACAGAGGCUCAACAGUCAUGUGUCAGGUAUGCUAUCACGUGGGUGGAGCUGUGGUUUAAACAACAGCUCCUCUUGGGCUUGCUGAUCAGAAGGUUGGCGGUUCGAAUCCCCCUGAUGGUGGUGAGCUCCCGUUGCUCUGUCCCAGCUCUUGCCAACCUAGCAGUUCAAAAGCAUGCCAGUGCAAGUUGAUAAAUAGGUACCGCUGUGGUGGGAAGGUAAAUGGCAUUUCUGUGCCCUCUGGCUUCCGUCAUGGUGUUCCGUUGCACCAGAAGCGGUUUAGUCAUGCUGGCCACAUGACCCAGAAAGCUGUCUGCAGACAAAUGCCGGCUCCCUUGGCCUGAAAGUGAGAUGAGCACUGCAUCCCAUAGUCGCCUUAGACUGGACUUAACCAUCUAGGGGUCCGUUAUCUUUACUUUUUAACAUUCCCUCCUGCAUUGCUGACCUGGCACUGAGCAGAAGGGUGGACUGGGGGACCUUCAAGAUCCAGCCAUAUAAUUCCAUUAUUUUAGACCUGAAAAACAUCAUAAACAUAGCUCAGUUGGUGGAGAUGGAGACUUUUAACUUCAGGGUGAUGGGUUUUGCCAUGUUGGGCAAAAAAUCCUGCAUUGCAGGGAGUUGGACUAGAUGAUCCUCAUGAUUCCUUCCAACUUUACAGUUCUAUGAUUCUAUGAUAAAUUCAUCAGUUUUCAACUAUCCACAGGAAGUAUGCACAGUCCUCUCUGGCGAGAGCAGGGGUGGUCAACCUUUUUAUACCUACCGCCCAGUAAUGCAUCUUUCUUGAUGGUAAAAUUUCCUUACUGCCCACCAGUGCUCGAUGGAAGGAGGAUUCAGCUUCUGCUGUAGAACCUGCUACCGCCCACCUAGAAUCCUGAAACGCCCACUAGUGGUUGGAAGGGACCAGGUUGACAACCCCUGGGCUAGAGCAUCCUGUGAAAAUGCGUACAACUGGUGUGCUCUAGCAUAUGGUGGAGAUGGAGGAGUGGUAUUGUGUUGGCUGGCAACUGUAGUCUGCACACUGUAGCUGUGCAUAUAUAACAUAGCCAGGUCAAUGUGGGGAUCUGGGACUGCAGGGCAAGAUGGCACAAUGCUAUACGGGAUAAUGCCCUGAGCAAACCAAGAAAGGCACACACUCAGGUUUCUUAAAAUGCUUACACUGUCAAACAGAAUUGAAAAAUGGAAGCACAGAAAUUGCUUACGAUCUAAAAUGCCUCAAGAUUAUGGUAAAUAUAAUCGUGCGUUUCUGGGAUAUUGUUUUGCUGCUGCUAUGUGUAUGUUUUUACAAUAAGCUUAUUGCAAGUCGUUUGGUGCUUCAGUUUUAUUGUUAUUUUAUGGAUUGUAAGCCGCCUUGAUUAUUUUAUAGCAAGGCAGGGUAGAAUUAUUAUUUAUAUAUGAAUGCAAUAUUUCAAAACAGAAGUUCCCUAGUUAGGCGAUGCUAGUGCUGAUCUAGAGGCAUUACAGAGGAGGAGAAGGUGGAAUUUUCACCGGCAUCACUUCAGAUUGUGGGUGGGGGAAUCAUAAGAACAGAAAAAUAGGCCUGCUGGAUGAGGCCAAUGACCCAUCUAGUCCAGCAUCCUGUUCUCACAGUUGCUGACCAGAUGCCUGUGGGAGGCUUCCAAGCUGGACAUGAGUACAACAGCCCAUCUGCCCACCAGAGAUUCCUAGCAACCGAUAUUCAGAGGCAUAAUGCUUCUGAUAGUGAAGGCUGAACACAUCUUUUAAAGCUGUGCCAUUACAUAUAUAUAAAACAUCCCUACAUGAGGACAAACUUUUUCCUAUGAUAUGCAUACCCUCCAACAUUUCUCUGAUGAAAAUAGGGACAUCCUAAGGAAAAGCGGGACAUUCCAGGAUCAAAUCAGAUACCGGGGCGGCUUCUCUAAAUCCUGCUUCUAGGAAAUAUGGACACUUGGAGGGUCUGGAUAUGUACUUUAAUGUAGCCCUAAUGUACAGUGGUACCUUGGGGUAAGAACUUAAUUCAUUCUGGAGGUCCGUUCUUAAUCUGAAACUGUUCUUAACCUGAGGUACCACUUUAGCUAAUGGGGACUCCCGCUGCCGCCACGUCGCCACCGUCCGAUUUCUGUUCUCAUCCUGAGGUAAAGUUCUUAACCCGAGGUACUACUUCUGGGUUAGCAGAGUCUGUAACCUGAAGCGUCUGUAACCUGAAGUGUCUGUAACCCGAGGUACCACUGUAUUUGUUUCCUACAUGCAGGGUAUGUUUUGUGUGUGCACACGCACGCAGCAUUCAAAAUGACAGCAACUCCCCCCCCCAAAAAAAAAUCUGUUGCCCACCAAGUGCUGUUGGAUUCCAACUCCCAUCAACCCCAGCCAGCAUGCCCAGUGGUCAGGAACGAUGGCAGUUUCUGUCAAGCAAGAUCAGGGUUGGAACAGGCUGUUGGAGAAUCCUUCCACCGCAGUCUGCCAGCUCAUGCAAAGUAAUGGGCUGAUAUUGUCUAGUUACGGUGCAGGAUGUUUCAUAUCCCAGGGGUGUGGAUAUACCAGCAAUGCAGAGCUUUGGUUUGGUAGUGAAUCAUAUACUACACUUGUGCAAUUCAGGCCACUGUGGCCUUCCUGGAAAAGACUCUCUCCACUCAUGUAAAUGAAUGGAACUUCACUGAUUAGAGAGCUCUUCUAAUUCCUUUUGUCCUUAUCUUUGUCCCUCUUUCCUCCAUUUCCAGCAAAGGAAUGCAACCAGAGCCAGGAUCCUUUUUCAUAGCUGACAGUUUAUGAAUAUUUAUAGAGGAAUAUUGAAAUAAUGGGCACCACAAUACAGAAUUAGUCACGGAGACCAUGAUGGAUUGAGAAUGCUCGCUGCAAUGGUACUUGAGUUAUUCUCCCAACUCUGCUGCUACUUUCGGGAUCUCCUGGGUUUGUGGUAAAACAAGGCUAAGACCAAAAGGAUAGCCUUUUAAGAGCUGCCUUUACUGGACAUCCCACUCAUGUCCUAGCAAGGCCUUUAAUCCCCCCCGCCCCCGCCCCUGGGGUCCUGCCAUUUCUUUAUGACUCAUCAGUGGGUACAGCUGGGCUCUCGGCUCCUUUCUUGUGGAAUCUGGCAAAGACCAGCCGCAGGCUAACAUCAGAGACUUAGGCCACACCAUACAUGGAAGCACUGUUAUACCACUUUUAACAGUCAUGGCUUCCUCCAAAGAAUCCUGGGAACUGCAGCUGGUUAACAGCGAUGAGAGUUGUUAGAGCUACAACCCUCAGCUUUCUUUGGGAAGAGGGAUGGGUUUGUUUUUAAACCACUCUGAAAAUUGUAGCUCUGUGAGGGGAGUAGGCAGGUCCAACCCAAGACAUUUUGGCACUUGAGGCGAACCACAAAAUGGCGCUCUCCUCCACCUGCCAGGGAAGAAGAGGUGAGUGAAGAUUUACCUCAGGAACAAGGGGAGAAUUAAGAUCUACAUCAGGAGCAAGCGGGUAGUGAAGAUCUACAUCAGGAACAAGGGAGGGGGAAAUCAAAUCAACACUACCCAAUUUAACAAGGGGGAAAAGGGCCCACUCUGAAUCAUGUGAGGUGGGUACAGAGCCCCUGAGACCCUAGAGGGCAGCCUCCACCAUUUCCUCCCAAGGGGUUGUAGGAAACCAGCAGUGCCUUCCAUUAACCAAAAGGCCACUGUGGAGGCAGCAUGGGGUGGGGGUUGCCAGGGCGGCAGCAGAUCCAGUCUCCAAGGUGUGUGCUAACCCUGUGGAUCCUGUUGCCAGAGGCGGUCACCUCAUCUUGCCUCAUGGACGGGCCGGCCCUGGGAAUAGGGGCUCUCUAAACAACUCUCAGCAUCCUUAACAAACUACAGCUCCCAGGAGUCUUUGAGGGAAGCCAUAACUGUUGAAGGGGUAAAAUAGUGUUUUAAAUACACAAUGUGAAUGUGGCUUUGGAGAACAUUGUGUUGCUUCUUUGCAACUGGAAUGCAGAAGCAUCUCUGCUUCCAGCAGUGGAGAUACCUCCAUGGGAAUGAAAGGGGACAUUGACUAAAACGAACAGUGCAAAGAAUUAGAAGUGGUCCUUAGGCCAAAUCCCCACCUUUCUGACCAUAUCUGGCCUGAAAUCUUGCAGCUCUGCUAAAUCAAACUUGGAACACGAAUGGAAACUGAUUCGGUUCUGAACAUUGUUCUCCCAGUCCAGCCAUUCCAUUGAAUCUAAUCCAUCUGAAGUUGCACUGGACUCAAGCUUUCCCCUGUGCCCUUUGAACAUUCACUCCAGCCUUCCAUCUAUUCUAUUGUACUUUAACCCCGCAGCGCUGUUGUUGAGAAAUAAAUGAGGCUAACAGGUUCUGUGUUUGCUGCAUGUCUGUGCGGUAUUUUAUUGUUCCUCUGCGAAGACAGUAAUCUGUCCUGCUGGCAUGAGGAGCACCAGCGAGUUGACAAAGGCUGGUUUCCCUAGGCUGCUAUUUCAACUGAUGUUGCUUUUAAUAAUCCAGGAGACUUGCUUGGGCAUGUUCCUUUCUCCACACUUUAUGACGAAGCCAGGACUAAACGUAUAUAGCCAUUUAAAACACACACACACACAUUUUUUGUAUGUGCUGGGCAAAACAUGGCCAAAUUGUUUACAAGGAGGAGGGAAGGCAGUUUUUGAGCUUCUAAGAGGGUGAUGGAGGCAGCUGAGAGUGAGAAACGAAACUUAAUUGAGAAAAUGAGCGCUAGACAGAAACCUGUGUCUGUGCACGUGGGGGCUGCAAAGGGAUUCAGGGCAAAUAUAUUUCCCUGGUGCCUCUCCUGGAGCCGGAUCUAGGGUGUCCACUUAUGGAUGCAGCACCCCCCCCCCCGGAGGAAAUGCACCACCCAAAAUAGAGGACAAAAAGGAGACAAAUCGAAUCAAAUCUGCAUGUGCUAAUUUAGAUGUGUAGCCAAUAUGUUGCCUUCCAGAUGUUGGACUCUGGCUCUCAGCAGCCCCAGCCAGCACAGCCAAGAGUCAGACAUGAUGGAAGCUUUGAUCCAGUAGCAUCUGGAGGGAACCACAUUGGCUGUUUCUGCUGCAGAUGCAAAUUUCAAAAUUAAUAAAAAAUGCAGUACAUCUCAUUAUAGUAGGGGAAACUAGGCAGUAGAUGGUUGUGGACAACUUCAAGGCGCCUCCGGCUCUUCCUUCUCUGGGUUCUUUAAAGCAGACUUGGACCAGGCAGCUUUUCCAACAUAGGGUCCCUAGGCAAGAAAGGGCUGCCCCCUGACAGCCCUUCCAAUAGAGGACUGUCCUCUGUAAAGUUGCACAGCCCAAGCUACCCUCGUCUGGUCAGCAAUUGUGGCUGCAAUCCCUUACACAGGUCAGUGAUCUUUUAUAUCUCCUGGUGCUCCUGUUUAUUCCCUAUAUGUGUCUUCCAUUUCCGUCUUUCACUUGAGAUGGCAGGUAAGCCUCUAGGUGACAGGCAAAUGAGGGAGGGGAUGAAUUACAGGACAAAGGAGCAUGCUGGAGAGAGCAGGCACGGCUUCCUUGUCACCUGCAUAGGGUGGCGCUGUGGUCUAAACCACUGACCCUCUUGGGCUUGCUGAUCAGAAGGUUUGCGGUUCAAAACCCUGUGAUGGAGUGAGCUCCUGUUGCUCUGUCCCAGCUCCUGCCUACCUAGCAGUUCGAAAGUAAGCCAGUGCAAGUAUAUAAAUAGGUACCAAUGUGGCGAGAAGGUAAACGGCAUUUAUGUACACUCUGGCUUCCAUCACAGUGUUUUGUUGCGCCAGAAGUGGUUUGGUCAUGCUGGCCACAUGACCUGGAAAGCUGUCUGUGGACAAACGCCGGCUCCCUCGGCCUGAAAGCAAGAUGAGUGUUGCAACCCCAUAGUCACCUUUCUCUGGACUUAACCGUCCAGGGGUCCUUUGCCUUUUUACCUUAGCAGAAAGCCCAUUAAAAUAUAGCAGUGUGUAACCUGAUACUCAAAUGUGAAAUGCGUAUACGCAUUGUGUCGUUCAAGGUUUCUAGAGAUAAGCAGACAAGAACUAACAGCAAUCUCUUUGUUGCAAAGAGCUUGUGCGUUGUAAUAGUGGGGGGAAUAUGUAAAAAAGCAUGGCAUCUCCUUUGUUCACACUGAAGCCAGAUGAAGUUGAGCUAAAAAUGCUUAUAAUGCUGUAUUUGGAGAUGCUUCUACAAGACAUCUCUUGUUCUUUAGUUGUUAGCAGACCGAUUCUCCUUGUUUGUUUGACAGAAAAAAACAAACACAGGACAGCUUGUUGUGUGUUCUCUAGUGUGUCUUCCAGAGUUGCCAGAGUAUCUGUUUGUAAGCCUCUCAUUCCAGGGUAGGGAUGGCUGAACCUGUCCAUCUCAGUUUCCCUCAGUUUCUUAUUUUUCAGAUCUUAGGUUCACUUUCCCACAUUUCCACAACAGUUUGCAAUUUAAAGAACAAAAGAGAGAAAUGUCCUGAUGAAUAUUAUUCAGCAUUUUAGUGCAAAUUUCUCCUACUGGAUACAUUUUGUGUAUGCAGUUUUGCCUAAUCUACACAUUUUUACAAAGCUAUGAUCUCUAAUAGAAUGCAUUUUUGUACAUUAGGUUCACAAAUGCAAACUUUUUAAUGCACACUUCACCCUAGUAUAUGUGUUUUUGUACACAGUACUUGGCUGCAGAACCGCGUUGCAAAAAUCAUGUGGAUUUCAAAGGAUGGCUGUCUUUUUUGGUCUGCAUGUUGUUUCAGAAAGUAUGCAUUAGCUAGACCUUAAAUACAAACAAAAUACAAUUUCUCCCCCACCCCAAGUUCCCAUAUAUCUGCAUACGCCAGUAUGGAAGUUCUGUAUUUCAUGUGGGUGAGGACACUCUGUGGGCACAUACUGCCACACUGCACUGCCCAUCCACCCCACUUCUUAAAGAGAGAAUCCGUUUUUAGACAUAAGUAUUAUAGGAAGAUGUGGGAUGAGGGUGGCACUGUGGGUUAAACCACAGGGCCUAGGACUUGCCGAUCAGAAGGUCGGCGGUUUGAAUCCCCGUGACGGGGUGAGCUCCUGUUGCUCUCUCCCUGCUCCUGCCAACCUAGCAGUUCAAAAGCAAGUCAAAGUGCAAGUAGAUAAAUAGGUACCCCUCUGGCGGGAAGGAAAACGGCGUUUCCGUGUGCUGCUUUGGUUCAACAGAAGCAGCUUAGUCAUGCUGGCCACAUGACCUGGAAGCUGUACGCCGGCUCCCUCGGCCAAUAAAACGAGAUGAGCGCCGCAACCCCAGAGUUGUCCACGACUGGACUUAAUGGUCAGGGGUCCCUUUACCUUUACUAUUAUAGGAAGAUGUCUUGUACCAAGUCAGGAUGUUAAUCCAUCUAGCCCAGUAGUGUCUGUUCUGACUGGCAGCAGUUCUCCAGGGUCUCAGGCAGACAAGGUUCUUUGCCAUCACUUGCUACUUGAUCAUUUUUAAACUGGAGAUGCCAGGGACUAAACUUGGCACCUUCUGUCUUGAAAGCGUGCACUUUCUCCCACUGAGCUGCAGCCCUUGCUCAGAUCCACACCAAAUUCCAUCCUAUCAUGAGCUGUUCUUAUCUGAAAAGUGAAAACAUGGGUGGGAUUCAGUCUGAAUUAUGAAUAAAAUAUUUGGACAUUAGGCAUCCAGAUGUCUCCCAAACCCAACUGUUUCCGUUCCUGACUCUUGAUGGCCUUGGGAUGUCAUUCACGCUUCCUAUGAAGACCUACCAUAGAUGUGAUGGUAUGAAUCAGAACUGAGAUUUUCAGGAUCUUGUAGUCUUUGUACACUUAAGCUUCUUACCUUGCAGAAUUCUGGGCUUAAUAGCGAACGUUGCUGUUUCUAAUCAUCUUGCGAGAUCUCUGUGUGUGUUUGCACAUGAGUGAAAAGGAAUGAGCCAAGAUGGAGCAUGGAGAGGAAAAGCUUUAAUUAUUUUCUUGUCAGUGGCUAGCUUGCUGUCUGCCUGUGCAUCUUAUUUUCAAGUAGACUUCUUCUUCUGCUGCUGUUUGCCUACCCAGAGCACAAAUGUCAAGUCUGGAUAGCCCCUGUGUUUGUUUUCCAUUGACAUGAAUGUGAUGAGACCGGUUCAUUUCAUGAUAGACGGAUGAGUAGCAUGUUCAGGUCAGAGGGCUUAUUGUUUAGCCUUGUGAUAAUUUGUUGUAUCUAAGUAAUUAACCUCUAGUGACAGAUGCCCAGUGUGGAAGUCCUAACAGGCCCUUGCAGAACUACCAGCUCUAAGAAUGGAGUAUAUGGGUUCCUAACUAAAAUAUUGAUUUUAGUUAGACACAGUGGAAACAUUCAGUCUUUCUUUCUUUCUUUCUUUCUUUCUUUCUUUCUUUCUUUCUUUCUUUCUUUCUUUCUCCCCAUACAAAAUGCUUCCAUGCAGGCAGGAAGCAAAAACGGAAGGGGAAAACGAGGAAGCCUGGGAUCUGCAUGUGUUCAAGAAUCCUUUCCGCAGAGAGCAAUUUAAGGAGCUUGCUCGCCUUUCUGUUUGCACACCUUCCCACCUGCUUCCUUUUGAGACAUGACUCCAUUGCCCCAUUAUAGGAAACAGCUUGUUCUUUUCUCCCUUCUACUUAUUCGCCCAUUUGCAUUUUCUAGCAUGUUACUUGCUGUUCCUAAGUCCACAUACUGUAGGGUUUCCCCUUUCACUAUGAUUUCCAUAGUUCCAAUUAUCUUCAAUGUCAAAAAAACCCCCUCUCCCUUCCUUGCCUGCCUGCUCUCCCUCUCCCUCCCCCCCCACUCCCUAAUAAUGAGAAACGUCAGGCAAGAGGAGAACUACUGUAUGCUAAUCUGCGGUGACAGCAGUUUUCACAGCCUGUAGCUACCUGUAAGUGUCUUUAUCAAAGCUGUGACCUGAUCUGUCAACAAAUCUGACAAGAGAUGGAGACCUUGUUUGGACAUGAGCGACUUCAUCACAGGUUGGGUAGAUGGAUGAGUGAGAGAGAAUCAUAAAUACUUCAAGACGACAGGCAGCCUCGCGCCAUAAUUGCCAUCAUUGCAUUGCAUUUAAAUCAGAUGUGCCAGAGAUUGAAACGGCAUUCCCCGUUUCAAUUAUCCCCAUUUCUUCAAAAUGUAAUGUAUAAAAAACUUCGAAUUGUGCUCUAAAACAUAAUCUGUGCUUAAUUUGAUGACUGUCACAAAGUUAAUGUUCUCCAUCCUUCUCUCUCUCUUUUUUAAAGUAAGUCAGGUAAUUCCCCACCCCCACCCCCACUUCCUAGCUGUACUAUUCAAACUGAGAACAAAUCUCAAACUCUUUUUCUAUGAAUUGAUGGCCCUGGAGAAGCAAACAUGUGAGUGUGAAAUCACAUGUCAAGUCAGUCUCCUUCCCUUGUUACAGCUCAGCUUCUCCCUCCUUAUCCUUGACAGAUAAUGUGUGUUGUGAAUGGUUCCAUUUACAUAAGGUCUAAAAUGAUUAUUUAUUUUAGGACUUGUCACCAAACAAUAUUUAGAUGAUACACAUGGACUAGAUCCGUCAGGCACUUCUGUGCUGCUAGAGCCACCUGCAGUUUGAAUGCAGAACUCAUGCUGGUGGCUUUAGACACCAUCCAGCCAUCUCAUUCUCUGUGGUCCGGUAUCCGAGAACCAAGCCAUCUGACCAACGUCAGAGUCUUAUUCAGAGUAGUCUUCUUAUUAUGAUGUGGUCAGGGUUCAGGAGCAGAGGCAAGGGCAUCGGAGGAACCAGAGAGCACUCGGGGAGGAGGUCAGAAGAAUAGAUGAGGUUUGAUCGUCUUGCAGUCCAUGAGACUCUCAAGAGUCUCUCCAGUGAAUCAGAAGAUUCCAGAAAGGAGCACCAGUGGCCAGGGCAAGCGAGCCUUCUUAGGGUCCAGCUCUCAGGAAGAUAGAGCCAGAGGGGAAACUCAGAGGGAGCAGUUGGAAUAUCGGGACCAGCGUCACCGCCAGAGAUGUCAGGGAAGUAGGAAGGUGUCCAGGGAUCCAGCGCUGGCAGCUCCCAACAGGGGCAGGCGCACUGAGUCUAGGAGUGGCCACACCUCCAUCGGGGAGCGAAGAAGCGGUCAGACGGAAGGUGGAAGGUCUCGCGCGCGCCAUGUCUUCACUUCAAUUGCACAGGAAGGUGGGCACAGUAGGCCAUGAUCUUCGGAUUUGAUGUUGAGCUCAGGUCCAUAAUUGCGCCUGCUCGUUAAGGAGUGAGUAAGAGUUCAGUGGUUCAGCGUCAGAGGAAUCCCGGAUAAGAAUGAGAUCCCAGGGUGCAGAGGGAUCUUCCAGAGAAGAUUACAGUCAGGCUUGGAAAAGGUGGAGCCAGGGCUAGGAUGAUUAAGUUCGGUGUACAAGGGCAGAGACUCAGACGGAGACAAUCGCCGGUCUAACCAUGAUUGUAUCUUAGAGUUGUCACGCAAGCAGUAUUGAGAAUGGACACUAUCUGUAACAUCUAUGUAAAGACAUUUGCUUUGAAUGCAUACAGUCUUGGCCUGACGCGUGAUCCUCUGUGAGCUAGGAUCUGGAAGCAGCUCUGACAAUUAUUAUUAUUAUUACUUGUGAGUCUUCCACCGCCCAAGGGCCUCAGAGUAUGAAGCUGACACCCCCACUGAUCAAGGGUAGCAGGCAGGUUCCUCUAGGACAGUCUUUCUCAAUCUGUGAUCCCCAGAUGUUGCUGAACUACAACUCCCAUCACCUCUAGCUAGCAAGGCCAGAGCUCAGGGAUGAUGGGAGUUGUAGUCCAACAACAUCUGGGGACCCACAGGUUGAGAACUGCUGCUCUAGGAUCAGCACUAAGGAUCCCCUUGAGGGACCCUUGGGUGGUGGAAGACUCACAAAUAAUAAUAAUAAUAAUAAUAAUAAUAAAUUAUUUAUACCCCGCCCAUCUGGCUGGGUUUCCCCAGCCACUCUGGGUGGCUUCCAACAAAAUAUUAAAAUACAAUAAAACAUCAGACAUUAAAAACUUCCCUAAACAGGGCUGCCUUCAAGUGUCAGAUCUAAAAGUCAGAUAGUUGUUUAUUUCUUUGACAUCUAAUGGGAGGGCAUUACAUAGGGUGGGCACCGCUACCGAGAAGGCCCUCUGCCUGGUUCCCUUUAACUUCACUUCUCGCAGUGAGAGAACUGCCAGAAGGCCCUUGGUGCUGGACCUCAGUGUCCAGGCAGAACAAUGGGGGUGAAGACGCUCCUUGAGGUAUACUGGGCCGAGAACUCCCAGUGUUGUCAGGGGGCUGGGGAGAACCCUAGCCUCAACAAUGCCAGUGUGAAAAGACCCAGACUCAGGCCUAGGAGCUACAACACUUACACACACUGUUAGAGUCAUCAUGCAACUUGGAAGUAGAAGUCACCCUGGAAGUCAGACGUCUCCCAGACACCUUCACCACCAGCUGUAGUUGGACUGUGGCCUGGGAGGUCUCUGGUUCCUUGAUCCUAAACCUAGUUGCCCCACCUUGCUGUGCUGUACCAUGACUAGAUUCCCUUUGGUAUUGACUUUGGACUGGUUCCCGACCUUAUCUUUGGAUUACAUUUUGGACCUAUACUGUUUCCCUGUGCUUGGCCCUUGGUGAUCUUUGUGGUUAUCACAAUCAACCCUGUUUUCCUUCUUUAGUGCUUUGGAUAGGGAGUUUAUAUCUCCAUGAACUGGGACCCCAUUCCAGAGGACACCUCCUGGAGUGUAACACAACAUCACCUGGAGAGCCACAGUCAGUCUGUAUAGACAGUACUGAGCUAGAUGAACCAGUGAUCUUUGGGAGAUUAGUAGACAAACUAACGAAUUCAUAUUCUUGCUAGUUAGCAUAAGAAACAUAAGGCUAAGUCUACAGAGUUGUAUUGCUGCUAGGCAGACACUCAGACCAUAGAAAUACAACUGACAGAAAGGGCUCUGUGCGGUGACAUUUUCCCUCCUCUCCUGGAAAGGAAGUAGCAUAUAGUAUUUCCUGUUCCGUCUUUAACUAGCAUUGGAUGUAGACAUGCCUCUGCUUUAGGUACAUGCCUGAAGCUAGUUAUAAAAUGCUAGUAAAUACAAGCAUUUUGCCUGCGUGGUUUUUACUGCUACUCUUGUUGUGAAUCAAUGCAAGAUUAUAAAUCUUAUUUUACUAGUUGUUGCCUAAUUGCUAUGUUUUUAAUUUUGCUGCCAAGGAUGAGAUUUUCAUCAUCAUCAUCAUCAUCAUCAUCAUCAACAAACCUUUACUGGCAUCACAUACAAACAUUCAGAAUAAAUAGGACAGUGCGAUCUCAUCGCUAUCAGGAUGGGAUUUUGAAACUGUAUUUAACCCACACAGGUGGGCACCUGGGGGGAUAACUUGCAAUUAAUAUAUCCUUUCCUAUCCAUUAAAACCUAUCUCACAUUAUCUGAUCUGGUGUAAGGCAGCUUCCUGUGUGUGUGUGUGUGUGUGUGUGUGUGUGUGUGUUUGUGUGUAUCGGUAGCAGCUGUUCACUGGGAUCCUAAGGAUAUUAUACAGAAGCCCAAAUACGUUCAAUGGGAGUUACUCCUUAGUAGCUGUACUGAACAUUGCAGCUUUAAACUCUGACCAUGUUUUAAAGUUCCACCAAAGCAUCACCUAUAUUACCAUUAUUAUCCACUUGUGGUUAUCCCUGUUUUUACCCUAACUUUAACAAUAGCAAUAAAUUUACUCAUUUAGUCAAUCAGCUUGAUUAUCUAGCAGUGAAAUUGCUUAUGGUUUAGGUUCAGCCAGUGAGUCCAUUUUUGCUUUGGAUGUCUCUGCAUGCCAUCUUAUCUGGCUUGGAGCAUUCAUGUGACUCGUUUUCACAAUUGCCAGGACAGUAGUUCUCUGGAGACGAGGCAAAUAUGCACUCUCUUGUUUCUCUUGCCGAGUUGGACUCUCCUGGAAGCCUCUUACAUAAAGCAUAAAUAUUUAAAGAUGAAAAAAUGAAAUCCUCUUGGAGCACUGCAGACACACACUCCAAUCAGGGUUCUCGAAAAAAGGCAUCGGCCACUUUGAAGCACUCCCAGCAAAGCUGAGUUACUGGGGCAGCAUUGUUGGCACAAGAGACGGUUUGGUUCCAUAAUAAUCAGGGGACCUGAGGUUGUUAGAUGUAUUGCAGAGUCUAGGUUUUUCUGUACACAUAUUUCUAAAGACCACUUUGGGCUUUGUGAGUAGGAUGGAGCCGCAAAGCUGCUUGCUGAGCACCCAGUAUCAUAGAUGGCACUGCCUUACACCUUAGUUAAUAAGAUCAGCAGGAAUGGGAGCGCAUCAUCUCUCUAUUGCUCAGAUUCAGAAGUGGCACCACCUUCCUACUCUGGUCUGUCCUGAAUGUACCAGCAAUGAUUACAGUGUGGUGUUGAUUACACAAGGGAAGGCAGAAGAAGGUAGACCAAGAUCUUUUCAACUCUAUGAUUCUAUCCACUGGAGGUCAGCUGGCCAAUUUCAGGGGGACCACAUAUGGGCUGCUGCAAGAACACAAGACUCUAUGGCCCUUGUGUUGAUCCAGCAAGUCACCACUUAGUGCAGAGAUGGCUAACUUAAGACCUUAUUUAUGUGGUUGGAUUCCAGUUCCCAUCAUUACGGAUCAUUUCCCAUGCUAUCUGGAGGGCCACAAGUUCCGCAACCAUGGCUUAUAGUCGCACAAGCAAGAGCACAUAUUCAAGAGGAAAACUUAAUUGCAUCCCAGUCACAGAGUGGCCCUCUGCGUUCCCUCUUGCUUUGUUAAAAUACACCAGCAGAUUGCUGGGUUCUUAUUAUUAAAAAAGCACAGCAUGCAAGGCAGCAGCCAGCCCACCUCCAGUUUACAUGACCUAUAUUCAUAAUCAUAUGUACAGAGUGAGAUCCCUUGUCAGAGUUAAUUCCAAGAAGGACUGGGGCUUGUUUUAAACCUAGGUGAGGGCUGAGACUUGUAACUUGAUAAUCACUGUUUUCAUUCUGAAUCUCUUUCUUGGUUGAUCCUUUAAACAAGUCGUUUUUGCUCAAGCACAGAAAGGAUUUCUGUGUCCCCAGAUGCAAGGCAGUGCAUUGUGUUCCGUCUUGGACAGAGAGAGGCUGCUCCCUGAGAACCAUAAAGGCGGCUCUACAGAUUGCCUGCCUUUUUCAGGAUGAAUCAGAAUCCUGAAGUCUCUUCCCCACCUACCUCCUCCCUUCAUGUUAUUCUCCCUCCUGUGGCCAACUCUGCUCCCCACCCCCCUUCUCUCUGUUCAGUCAUACUUCUGGACGCAUCUGCUCAUAGAAUGACUUUAAUUUAUAUUCUUUGGACUGCCCCAUGCACAGGCGCCCAGGAAUAAUGCAAGCUCUUUCAUUACAGAGAACUGAAUUAAUAUUUUCAAAGCUGGGGGAAUUCGUAUAGAUGCUCCAUGGAAGUUUGCAGCCUUCAUUCAAGCUUUGUUCCUCUUUAUAGUUCUACCUGGGCUUCAGUUUUAGGCUGGACAGUGCAGCAUUUGCUGCACUCCUUAUUUAUACAUUUAUUAUACAUAACGUUUCUAUCCCACUAAAUCAAGGAGAAGGGGGCAUGGAAACUUCUCAAAGUGACGUAAGUCAUAAAACCAAUAAUACAAUCAAGGGUAGAAAGGUGAAUAUCAGAAGAACAGGAAAACUAGGUCAUAUGGAAGGGUAAGCUAAAAACAUUUUCAGCCGGAAUCUAAAACGGAACAUGGAAGAUGCCUGCCUAAUCUGCAAGAGAAUUGAACCUCACAAUCUACAGUGCGCUAAAUGCCCCUUUCCAUGUGGCAGCUGAAUGGAUGUCAUAAGGGACAGUUAGCAAUGCUUCUGCAGCAGAUCUCAAAGAACAAGCAGGAAUGUGUAAAGAAGGGUGGUACUUGGGUAGAUUGCUGCCAAGAAAUUUAAGGCUUUAUACGCUAGCGGUAAUACCUUACAACCUGGGGGGAGGUGCUCACAGUGAAAGUAGUUGAGCAGUACCAGAUGUGAUGGUAUAAUACAAUGCCCCUCAAACUCCCCUCCUGCCCCAUGGACUUUUUAAAAAAAUUGCUGGGUUUUCUUGGAGGACUGCUUAACAAACAUUUUUGUUGCUCCACCAAUUCAAACACAUAUAUCAAAUCUACUAUACUUUUUGGGAAGUUUGUUAGUUCAACAUGGAUUUGGACACAUCUGAAGAUACUGUUGUAUUAUGCAAGAGCAGUGUUUUCACUUGCGUUAGGAUAUAACCAGAUGUCAUUUUGGAUCAAGGGAGCAGACCAAAGCUGCUCUGAUAUCAGCUGCCACACUGAUUUAUUUUUUGGUUUCUUAGAAUUUUCAAGCAACCUGGAAAUUAGUCUGCUAGUCAUUCUUAUUUUAAUGAUUUUAGUCUUGUCUUUCUAAGAAAACGGAUGAAGAAUUAUGAAACAACAACAAUGCCUUCUUCAGUGCUGGCAUCUUCAUUGAAACCAGCACAUUGAUCUUUGACAUCAAAAAAGAGGGGGGAAAUCAAGUGGAGGGCCAUGUACAGAAUCUCUCAAGGCAAUCUAUAAAAAGGUAGUAUAAACACCAACAACUGGGAAACACUGGCCUGCAUGUGCUCCAAUUGGAGAACAGCCUUUAUCAAAGGUGUCAUGGGCUUUGAAGAUGCUCAAACUCAGGACGAAAGGGAGAAAUGUGCUAAGAGGAAGGCACACUUGGCAAACCCUCACCAUGAUCAGCUCCCACCCAGAAACCUACGUCUCCAUGUUGGAAGGAUGUGUGGAUCCAGAAUUGGUCUCCACAGUCACUUACGGACUCACUGUUAAGACUGUGUUCAUGAAAGACAAUCUUACUCGGCUAUGAAUGAUCGCCAAAGAAGAAGGAGACAGAUCUUCUCAACUAUACUGAAUUCUUUCCAUGGACACAGACUAUUACUGGUUUACAGACCACAGUUUGAGACCCUCUUACCUCAAGAAAGCUGCCUUAUAUUGGAUCCUCUAGCUUAGCCUUUCUCAACCUGUGGGUCCCCAGAUGUUGUUAAACUACAACUCCCAUCACCCCUAGCUAGCAAGGCCAGAGCUCAGGGAUGAAGGGAGUUGGAGUCCAACAACAUUUGGGGUCCCACAGGUUGAGAACCACUGCUCUAGUUUAAUAUUUUCAACUCCUGAUUGACAGGGGCUUUCUAGUGUUUCCCAGCCCUAUGUGGAGAUGUCAGGGAUUGAACCUCAGACCUUCUGCAGGCAAAGCAGUGAUAGCUCUACCACCUCCAUGGGCACAAUGUUGACAACCCCUGGACUAGACGAUAUCUAGCUUGGCGUCAGCAGUCCUUUCUCCUAGCAGUGUGGAAUACUGAGGGGCAGAUAAUGGUGGGGAGUGUGAGCCAAUUCACAUGGGAGAAAGGAUAAAUGAAUAAUGCAGGACAGGUCAGGGAAAGAGCAGGGGGGAAAGUGGAGAUUAGCACCCCUAACAAGAUAUGAUAGCUAUCAUCAUGCCUUUACAAACAGCUUCUGACAAGAGCUGUUAGCUCACUGGUGAGUAAAACAAAUAUACUGACACACUCUGAAGUGGCGCUGUGACCUUGUCACUGCCUUCGUUGCUGGUGGCUCAUUGAUGUGCCAAGUAUCUGAGGGAGGAUGGUCCGAGCUGUGAUGGACACCGAACCCCAGGAAAAGAAAAACCGCACUGAAUAACAAACCCAGCAGGCUAGAUAAUCAUUUCUUCAUCAGCUAGAGAAAAGGCAAAUGAUCUGAUACCUGAACAGGAAGAAGGAGGAGCGAGACACAGUGCUGAUUUUAAGGUGUGGUUGAAAGAACAUCAGAUCUAGAAAUGGUGGGCACGCGACUGUGUACAAUGGGUGCUAUUCAACUAACUUUUACUUGGAGCAGAUUGAAAUUAACAAACCUAAUUUCAGUGGGUCUACUCUGCAUAGUCCUAGUGUUCAAUUCCAUUCCAUGUGUUUCCUGUAAAUGUGAUAACUAGGGCCAGCCUGGCCGCACAGCAGAGUGAAGCAACCUGCUUCAGGCAGCACCAUGAAGGUGGGGGAGAUAAAUUAAGGCUGAAAUUGGUGUAUGAAAGGUGCAGCAUGCCUCCCCCAAGCUCCAAAUGUGGUCCCUAAUCAGUGCACAGGAUCAUUGGGGUUUGUGCUUCAGGCAACAAAAUGUCUUGGGCCAGCACUGGGGAGAGCCAGUCUCCUCUAUUUUUGACAGUCUGCUUGUAACUGCUGCGGGGACCCAUGGUACUCUGUUGUCCAUAUAUACAGUGUUCCACAGCACCUAGUAAACAAAACAAAAAGCUAAAGGCAAGAAGAGUACAUUGUUUGCAGGUAAGCGUUUGCAUGUAAUGAGGAACGCUGAGUAUGCUUGCUUUUGGUAUGAGAGAGAUAGAGAGGUUUAACAUAAGACAGUCACUACAGGAAUAGCAGUUUGUAGGAAUUGCAGGUAUGGCAGUUGCUCUUACAUUGGCUGUAGGUGCGAGAUUCCAUAGCUCGUGGCAGAGGUCACUGUGUGAGAUUGAACAGGAAGUUGGGAAGCUAUAUUAUACCAGAUCAGACUAUGUAUCCAUCAGACCUAACGCUGACUACUGUGGCUGCAGCUCUCCAUGAUCUUGGGGCAGAGAAGGGACCUGAAACAUACAGAGAUGCAGCAGGAAGCCUCUUCAGUAAGCACUUUGGGCGCACUGGGACUUUUAAUAAUUGCAUUGAUUUAUUGCCCAUGGGUGGCAACAUAGGAGCCAACUCCUAGGGGCUGGGGUCCCUUAACCACCCCCCCAAUAAAAUAUUUGAGUGGGUUACCCCCCUCCCCCAAAGUGGAUGGAUAAUGCCAUUCAAAUGGUGUGUGCAUGCUACAUCUUGUGAUUGAUUGUGUGGGGUGAGGUUUACCUGUCCAUUUCCCCCCCAAUAUUUUAUUCAAGUUGGCACCCCUGGGCGGCACACACUUUGGGAACAAUUGCUGUAUAGUAGUAGGGUUGCAGGGGAGAUGGUAACGGCUCCUGCUGCUCGCAUGAUGACCAGAUUGGCCAUAACAAACAAGAAUGCGCAAUCCGUGCUUAUGCCGGUCAUUUACUUAAGGAAGAAUCGAAUACGUGACUAAUGCUCAUUCUCAAAGGACACUGUUUCCUGGUCACUGUGACCUGCUCUGACAGAUCCCUCUGCACUGACUCCAGGUACUACCCCCCCAUUGCUACCUGCGAUUAAACAACAAGCACAGCCUGAUUUGUAGCAAACCCUCUAUGCCUCAUGAUCGCCACGCAGAGAACACAGCGAACCUGCGUUCCUGCUUACCAAGCUGUCAGGGAACCUGGCCCGUCUCCCAGUCUGGGAGGCCUCCGAUUCUCCAGCCUCAGAGGAAGGGACACCUUGUCAGAACGGGUGAGGUCUGAAGGUGUUGUUGCUGCUGUUGCUGAGGCCCUGCAUGCCCCGAGGAGCUGGCGACCCUGCGAUGGAGCUGGCUUCUGUCCUAAACCCUCCCUCCUCUCCUUCUUCCCCUUGCUGUCAGCUGAAUCUUCCACUUCUGCUGAAGGCAGGCAGCCGGCAGGCCCGGGAGCACCGGAGGGAGGCUGAAGGUGAAAUUCUCCAAGGAUGACAACCAAAGGCUCCUUUCUGCAAGUGCUGAAGAUUCUGGGCUGCGCUGAGAAAAAUGUAGCUGUAAUUUUCUAUCUCCUCCUCCCCAUCCCUCUCCACCUCCCUCUGGAUUCCCUUUCCUUCUUGUCUCUGUCAUGUCAUUUGAAGCUCCCGUUUUUAGACUUUAAUGAACCUCUCAGUUACUGCCACUAAUGCAAGGCCAUAUUAUGGGCUUUCAUUAGCAGGCCAUUUGAGAUGGACUUCUCGUGAUUGAAUACAAUAGACAGCCCCCAAAUGGGCCUUGGGGCUGGCGGCGCACUUCCCAGGCAUUCGGAACAAACGCUCGCACUUCUCCGAUCCAGCUUCUUCUUGGAUAAAUGAGGCUCAGAGAUCACUUUUAAUCUCCUUACUACAAGGUGGGCCUGCUACGCCCCGCACCAAAGCUCUCCACAAGUAAUUAAAGGGCUGGUUAUUGGCCACUAGGGAGAAGGCAGAGCUCGGGGAGGUGGAAUACUAAAACGGCGAGGAGGUUAGGUCUCCUCCUCUUGUUGCUCUCAGUAGCCAAGUCACCAAGAAGGAGACUGGGAGGAAAGAGCAGAACAAAUAGAAGAAACUUGUAUAUUGUUGCACGCCACCCCAAACUCCGAGUGGUGUGAUAUUCCAGUGGUUCCAGGUGCUUUCUCAGGGUUCGUGUUUCCUUUUGUGAAUGAGGCACAGCAGAGACUAUGGUGUCUGGUUCAUUUAUACAUAUAUACAACCUGAGCCGAUGAUGGAGGGGUUCACAGCAUCAACACCCCAAAAGCAUAUUUCUUCUCCCAUAGCUGCAGCCUUGGAUUCAAACAAACCAAACAUUGCUGCCCAACGUUUCUCUGACUCUCUCUCUCCAGCUUGCUGCUUUUUCUCUAAGUCACAUCAUUGCUCUCAGAACUCUCUUCUCUUUAUCCUUUGACGGAGGGGCUCCCACACAUUUGCCAUCUCGCCUCUUAACCCUCACUGCACCAGAAGGCUAACCUGGCUAUUCCAAGAAUUAGAAGCCUUGAUUAAAUUUAAACACUUGCUGGAUCCAGAGAUUAGAGGAGCCUGGCACACAUCUGAACACCCCAAACUCACAAUAAUAUAUAUCCCCCCACGUCACCCUGUUGCCAGCAGUAGAAAGCACUGCUGAGAGGGAACAGGGAGAAAUGCAUGAUAUGUCUGCCAAAGCAAUAUGUUUGGUAGUCCGCUGGCAGAGUGGAAAGCACAGAGGCCAAUGACAGCCAGAGCCUGAACCGAUAAAUGCUAGAGCCAGUUAUGACCUUGUUCACACCCUCUUCCUUGAGUUGUUCUGCUAAGGCAAGUCAGUAUGGAGGAGGAAGCUGACAGGCCUCUUCUAUGUGACAGCCCUUUAGUUAUUUGAAUGGUGUUCUCCUUCCCCACUAAGUUCUUCUCUUCUCCAGGCCAGUAGGAGGUUUGGAACUGAUACAUGUGUGUAGCCAGCAUAUGUAGCCUGGAUAGCUCAGUUGGUUAGAGCACAGUGCUGAUAAUGCCAAGGUUGCAGGUUCAAUCCCCAUAUGGGGCAGCUGCAUAUUCCUGCAUUGCAGGGGCUUGGACCUCAGGGUCCCUUCCAAUUCUAUGUGUUUUCAGCCCCCCUGCCCACCCAGCCUAGCUGCUUGGCUUCUCUGCACAGAUCUUCAGCCUCUUUUCCAUCCAGCAGGGGGUGGUGCAAGGAAAGGAACACAGCCGGGAAGGAGCAGCAGAACUGCUUCUAACACAACAGGGUGUUGCCGAAGGAGCUGGUGGUGGUGUCCCCCACCCCUACCAAACAAUGAAGUAAGCUAGGACAAGAAAACAAGCUAAAUAUGGUCUAGCAGUGACAUGCCAGCGUCCCAGCUGAGUGCAACUGUAUUGGGUAUGCCUUGAGAGCAACAUAAAGUCAAGCCAAGCUGCCUCACUCCACACCUUUCUCACAGCCACCAAAACCUGGAGUGACCGCGAGAGCGUGGCCUCUCACGCAGAGUGCUAGAGAUGAUUCAGAUCGUUUCUUUCUCUGCCACCUUCCAGUCCCGCCUGUGGAACGAUAACUCUGCAAAACACUGGUCUCCCACUGAAUGCUUUGCCUUGGCCAGAUAUGCAUAGCUGGCUGGGUAACUGCUCUUGCUUGCAACCGAGAGCCAAAAUUCCCCUCUUAUUCACUCACAAUUAUAGCAACAACCAGGGGAGGGGGAGGAGGGGAAGAGUGGUUUUGUAACAGAACAGUGCAGGCCUCUCUGAUGGCAGAGCCUCUGACUGAGCCCAGGCAGAGAUCCUUGUGUGAUGGGACUAUAGACCUAGAAAAUGGAAUAUGCCGAGAUGGGUUUCCUGCCUGUUUCUGUGCCAGCCAGAGGCAAGGAUUUCUGUUUAGCCAGCAGAGGGCACUGUGGGGAGUUUGAUGGAGAGGCAACUAUUAGACUAGGUAUUUGUACCAAAUGCAAAGAGAUGGUAGAAACAGGGAUUUUGGGGAGGUGGGGGUGGGGAGGGAGAGGGGGACUGAGAUUGCUGUCUUUUUAUUUCAAAACAUUGGCGUCUCAUACUGGGCACAUGCUAUUGAAUGUUGAACGGCAGUUUGUAUACAAGAUAGAGGGGAAAUAGAUGUGUGAGAGAGCUUGUUGCGGGUGGGCGAAAAAGAAGGAGAGAGUUUUAUAAGGCUGGUGGAAGAACCUCUGUUCAAAGUACAGCAUAUAAGGCUGGGAGCUUGUGUAGGUUUGGGGAGAGGGGUGUGUGCAUGUGUGUGCAUGUGAGUCGAACAAAUCUAAUGUUUGGCUGAGAUCUUGGAAAGGUUCACUACAUUUGCCUGCUCUGCCUGCUCCCCUGUGGCUGGGAUAAUUCACGAGGCCACUGUUAGCCCCUGGAGAGAGAGCAAGAGAGAGAGAGCUCACUUGCGUGACUGGGGCCGGGUAUGAAAACAAUGCAAUGAGAAGCUGACUGAAGCACUCCAACGCAUUGGCUUCAUUUCAUCAAAGCAUUCAGAUCAAAAUCUCACAAGCGGAAUGCAAAUUGGAAGCAGAUUUGGGCACAGCGACGGCAGGCAGGCGUUCAAAGGUAAUGUGUGCGAGCGUGCCUGUGCAAAAAUAAAUAAAUAAAAUGCAUAGUUGGAGAAGUAUGGUCAUUUUGUCAGCCCCGCUAUAAGAGCAGCUCUGCUAAAGAUAUGGAAAAUAGGGGUGGUUCCAGUGUUUUUCCUUUUUCUUUUUUUAAUAUUCAGCGGUACUCUCACUUUCCUAUUCAUAUUGAAAUACUGCUCCUCAAUGAAGCCAAACUUAGAUUCAAAAAAGGUUUAAGGGUAUGCGUACCCCUGCGUACCCCCAGAAAAAAAGCACUGGGUGGUUCUAAGGUGGGGUCCACGUAUUGAUUCAUUGCUAUUUGAGCCAGCUUGCAAAGGAAGAAAUAGGACUUGCUGGAAGUUCUUAAGGUUGUGCCCUGAAAGGAGAAUGCCUCAUUUAUUAUUGAAUUGGAUAUUUUUAUGGAGAAGGCCUGUAUGUAAGAGUGGAUUAGGUUUUCCCUUGGGCUCAGUGACAUUUGCAGUGACCAAGUGGUGUGACUCUAUGAAUGGCAUGGAGGAAAUAAAUUUUGCGCUCUCUCUCUCUCUCUUUUCUCAAAUGGGCUUAUCCACUGGAAUCAUAGAAUUGUAGAAUUGGAAGGGACCGUGAAGAUAGUAGAUCCAGGAUAUGGGGCAGUGUUUCUUCAUGCAACUCACAGUUAAACUGUGGAGGAUUCAUUUACAAACUGGAUGUUUUGACAGUUAUAAGCCCAGACCAUAUUUUGAAAGGAUUCAGUAAACAGGACCUGUUGGAGCUGGAGGUUGGGAUGACUAGAACACAGGUGGUGGUGGGGAAAACCCCCGGGAUGAAAAAUAGCAGGUUAGAGCCCAUUGGAAGCCUUACUCAAGGACGUUGCUGGCAGUGAAGAAAACUUACUUUUUCACUGGCAUAGUAUCUACAAAAUGUUUUCCAGCAGAGCUAGUUCUUAGAGAACUCUUGCAGCCCCUUGUGGUCAACCCACAGUGCCAUCAAAAUCCCCACUUGUUUGUGGGACACUUUGUGGAUAAUGCUGCUCACAUAAUCUCUGACAUGGGAAGCUAUUUUGAUAUCAGAAUCUGUGUUGCAAGAGAUCUUGAUUUGGGCUUCUUGCAAUUGCUUGGAUGAGCUGCAGUUGAGUGCAAAUAAGGGUGCAGACCAGGCACUUGCAGAGGUUUGAGUCAUAACAUGUCCACUUGACCCUUGCCUAAGGUUGGCAGGACUGGUCAGCAGAAUAGUCAAUGCCCUUUGUUCAGGAGAUCUUGAGCUUGCCGCAUCAAAAGGGGCUGUGGCUCAACCCCUGGUUAUGCAUUAGGGCCAUGUAUGGACUCCUGAUCUGUUUCUGGACCCAAUCCAAUUCUUUGGAGCAGCCCCAAACUGAUCUGGGACAAUCUGGGGCUGAGCUGACCCAUACCUGGGCCACAAACCAUUUUGGGUGUCUUGUACAGUUGUGCAGCCAGGAAUGGGGGAGAAGGAGAUGCAUGUAGACUGCCUAAGCAUCUUCUCUCCCUCAUCUUCUUGCCACCAGACACCCCACCACCACCAUGUGGCAGUCCCAGAUCACUCCAGGUAGACCUGAACUGAACUGAGGUGAUCUAGAACUGACUCAACCUGAUCAACUGAAUCCUGAGUUGACCCAAAUUGACCCAGUUCAGUUUGGGAUCCAGAAUAUAUAUUUAUAUUUAGCCUUCAAUUAUUAUAGGCAAGUCUCAGAUUUUCCAUUUGUGGGCAAAGUUGUGGCAUCCUCCAGGUAUUCCUGAAUGAAACUAGUCUAGAUUAUUUUCUGUCUGCUUUUAACCCUGAUUGCCUUGGUUGCCCUGAUGGAUGAUUUCUACUGAUAUAACCAGCGAUGGUAUUCUUCCUGGACCACCUUUUAGGAUUGCAAGAUUGAGGCACCAUUUUGCAAUCAGUUUUCUCCAUUUUGGACAGCAGGUUUCAGAAUGUAGUGCUGGAGAGCCACUGCUCCUUCCCAUAGGAAUUAUUCUCCAGGGUUCCACAACAUUUAAUUUUUGUCUCCCCUGCUCUUUAACACCUUCAUGAAAUUGUUGGGAGAGGUUGUCGGAUGGUAUUGGAUGAGAUGUCACCCAACUCUACACUUUCCUUUUUAUCAGAUUCAGGUGUGAGUGAGUGUCUCAAAUCAGUGAUGGGCAGAAUGAGGGUAAAGAAAGUUCAGCUCAGACAAGACGUGACUGUUACUCCAGGCUGUCACUAUUUUAUAGGAGGGAUUUGAGCUCACACUGGAAGAUUAGGUUUGUCCAGUUAAAGUAGGGAUUCAAGUGCUCUGUCACCACAGUGCAACAAAUCCAAGUAUUUAAAAAGAACGGACUGUUUUGCAGUUAAGAAAGUGACUGGGAAAUGCACUGAAUGGUGUGGAAUGAACAAAUAAUCAUUGGAAAGGCAUGUAACCACCAUGCGAGCAAUUCAGGAAGAAUGUUCAUUGUCAUAUAACCUCCCUUCAAAUAACAUAGAAUGAAUGCUCAAUACUGGACAUAAUCUAACAACUGUGUAAGCUCUGAACAAACAAAUCAGGAUAAAUGCUCUAUGAAUGUUGGAGGAGCCUAGAAAUGGGCCAGAUAUCCCCUACACACACACUUUUGCAGGAUCAUUUAACCCCCAUGACAGUGGGGGGGGCAUUUUUUGGCCACUUCCAGGUGAACGGUAACAAAAACGAAAAUGGGAGCUUGCCAUUUUGAGAAGCGGUAACAGCAGACUCAAACUAAAAAAGCACUCUUCUGCCACUUCAAGUGACAGUGGAGCUGGAAACAACAGGAUGGCAGCCAUUUUGAAAAACAAACAUGUAAUGCCCAGGGAGAAUAAAUGCAUCAUAAUUUUUAUAAUGAUUGAUUGGUUGAUUGAUUAAGACUGCUGAUUUAUUUGAUGCUUUCUACCAGUCUCAAAGCAACUUAGAACAAUAACAUUAAUACAGAUAUACAAUCCAUAAAAUAUAAAAUAAUUAGUAACGUGCUCAAAGUGGUAGUCUACUAGUAACAAUUAAAGAAUAAAAAAAUAACCUUUCCCCCCAUAUUCUUAUACAAAAAUAAUCAGCAAAGAUCCCCAGUAAAAUAGCCCCAAGAGCCAAUAUUCGCAUGGAAUGAAUGAAAACAUCUGAUUUAGUGCCAUUCCCAUUUGGGCAUUUUAUAGCUGGAGAUUGCUAUGAUGCUGGGCUGCUGCUUACAGCUCUGUGAUGGUGGAGCUUUCUUUGGGAGGAGGGAAGUUAAAUAUAAGUGGAACUCUCUGCUGCCUCUUUUCAAAAUGGUAAGCCCCCAACCCCUAGGCAUUUUAAUUUUUCAUUACUACACUCCCAGUGCUGUGAUGGGCAUGAUGUUUGGCCCACCUCCAAACUCUGAAAAUGGAGGAAGGCUCAGGGCCAAAUACCAGGGUGGGAAUCACAUGCUCUCCUGAGGACCAAGCUCAUAGAGGGGUGGUACUUUUUUGUGCUGAUGGGCAUUUUCAGCUGUUUGAUUUUUGAUUAGAUAUUUACCUUGAAUUUAUUAUCUGCUUUUGUUAUUUUAAAUUAUGUUUAAUAUUUUUAUAGCAUACACUGCCUUGAUACAUUUUAAGAUGUGGUGGUGGUGGUGUCUGUCUACCUAUAACUAUCUCCUACAAGCUGAGUAAUUAAAAAAAAAUAUGACUUACUGGUUAUCUGGGGGACAAACUAGAUGCGACGAUAGAGAUGCAAAUAGCAGCUGUGGAGUGCGUGUAGGAGUAGCAGCAUGGGGAAACAGGGUGGCAACCUUUCCCACUCUUGCUGAUGAAAACCCUCUCUGAAACUGUUACUUGCCCUAUUAGGAAAAACAUAUGUGUGAGCAUAUGUGCUCACACAACUCCAAUCAUUAUUUUUAGUGGUACCCUAACUGAACUAGUUAUUGUGCUAAUUUCUGACUUUUGUGUGAUAGGUGGAUGUAGUGAUAAAUCUGGUAUAAUCUGACACAUGUACACAAAUGCCCCUCCAAUGAUAUUCUAUCCAUCUCACUGUGAUUUUUAUUUAUUUAUUUUUUUACCCAAGAGGCAAAAGACACCAUAUUAAGUAUGAGUGUUCCCAUCCAUCCCUGGAAGGAAAUCUGUGUAUUAUCUCCCAUACGUCCUAUUAAUCUUCUGUAUUGCUGUUUUGACUACCAUUUGAGUUGAUCAGCUGCUAAAAAAAACAACACCCCGGACCUUGGAUAGACACAGUAGUUGCUAGUUAUGCUUUUAAAAAAAAAUUUUAAAAAAUUGUGUGUUUCUUCUUCUAGGGUUCUAUGGAGAAAGGAAGGGGCGUUUCAGACACUCCCUUGGUAAGCAUGCAAAAACGAAAGAAAAGAAAAGGCAUCGCUGCAGACUGUUUGUUCGCAGAAUCCUGUUUCCAUGGUGACAUUCAUUGCAGUGUAUGUAUAUGUGAGCCAAUAGUGCAAGCCUGAAAUGUACUGUACAGGGGAGGAAAACCUCCCUGUCCUCAUUGAGAUGCAUCUGAGUGUGUUGCUCUGCUGAAGGGGAAUCCCGGUUUCAAACGGAGGAAACCCUGGCUCAGCCUUACCUGCCAGAGGAGGAGGAGUUGAAACAGGUGGAAAACAGUGUGUGUGUGUGUGUGUGUGUGUGUGUGCGCGCGUGUGUGUGUGUGUGUGACAGAGAGAGAUCAGGAAAAGGCCUCCAUUCUGGCUGUCCACUAUUGGGGGGGGGGCAGGAAGUUACACACUCUCUCUCUCUCUCUCUCUCUCUCACACACACACACACACACACACACACACACAAGCUAGGAUAAUACAUCAUCUCCCCCCACCCUCACCCCCACAAAUAGAAGUUACUUAAGGCCUCAUUUUCCUCCCAUCCUCAACCCCACCCCCCACCAAUACUGCCGGACUUGUUCUCGGUGAUUACAAGUAUCUCUCCCAGAGCAAAUAAUUAUAGAAUUAAAACCCAAUCCUUUUGGUCCCUUAAUAGCUUUAGCCAAUCUGUCAGCGUCUGCCUCUGUGCGAUGGGGGAAGAAGAGGCAGGAGAGAGCUGUUAUGUAAGACCUCAGCGGCACGUGAACUCCCUUCCUCAUCACUAGUCACAUCCCUGAGAGAGCUUUCCUCUCCGGAACCUUCCAAACUAUCCACCGCCAUCAUCCAGCCGCAUGCCAAGGUAAGCCUGAGGUGCCGUGUGGUGAUUGUUAAAACAACAACAGCAAUAAAAACAAUCCAAAGCUUGGGGCUUUGAGAUCACUUUGGACCUAAUUUCAUAUAUACGUCUCCAGUCCUCACACAACCCUGUCAGUUUCCCCCUGAAACACACACCUUAGGGAUUCAUGGAUGUUUUAUGAAUUCUGCUGUUCCAGUUUUAAGGGGGGAAACCUACUUUCCCAUGCGUAUGCUCUGAAGGCAUACAUUAGGAGAUUGGGAUGGGUCUGCAAAGACGCACCAUGAUGUUAUAUUGUUAAGGCUAAACAAAUCCCAGCAUGGCUGGUUAGUGACUUAUUAGGAACGGCUUUUUUUCCAGGUGGAACUCACUGGAACUCUGUUCCGACACCUCUCAGGUGGGCGCUAUUGCCAUUACAGUGGUACCUCAGGUUACAUACGCUUCAGCUUACAGACUCCGCUAACCUAGAAAUAGUACCUCGGGUUAAGAACUUUACCUCAGGAUGAGAACAGAAAUCGUGCUCCGGCGGCACGGCAGCAGCGGGAGGCCCCAUUAGCUAAAGUGGUGCUUCAGGUUAAGAACAGUUUGAGGUUAAGAACGGACUUCCAGAACGAAUUAAGUUCUUAACCCAAGGUACCACAGUAUAAGAAAACCAGAGAUGUGUUCAUAGUGAGUUCCAGCACCUCUUUUUCCAGAGAAAUAGCACUGAUUAGGAGACACUCCCACCCCCGGAAGCUGCUCUGAAUUUUCCAAAGGAAGAUCAGGAUGGAAAAGCAUAAUUGUAUACAUUUCAUGAAUCAUCAUCCAGAUCUGUGUGCUCCCUGAAUCCGAACAAAUAAGCUUCCACCAUGACUCCAUCUGCUCUGAGAUUCAGGUAAGCUCGUUUUCCUGACCUUUAGCAGGCUCUGGUCCUGGGGGAACCCCUAGCAAUACUUGCCACAAUUGCAGAGCUCUUAAGGGAAUUCCGAGAGGAAUUGCAGGGGGAAAAAGAGGGUACGGGAAAGCUGUUCCUAUAAAAGAAAACCACAUCUCAUUUCCACCUCAGUAUCACCUGAUAUUCCAGGGACAAUAGUUGAAGGAGAUGUUUAAUGACAUAGAACAGGAUAAGGAAAAGGCAAGGAACAUACCCACAGCAGAAUUAAAUGAAACCAUAAGCCUCUCAUGUUCACGGCGCUAUUCGGCUUGAGGCAGUAGAUUACCUUGGAGUGUGCCAGCUCCCUGAAGGCAAGGAACUUCCCCUGUAUUAAUUUAUUCAAACCUUUCCGUAUUGAAUAGCAAGAUGUUUCACAGGAUAAAAUCAGUGCAGCGAAACAACAACAUAGGAAAAAAUACCAAAGAUAUCCCACAUUUUCAAUAGAAUGGGCACUAAAAGAAUUACACCUCAUACUUAUCCACAAUGAAAGAUGCUCUAGUUCUAGGUUUGUGCCUUUCCCUUUGUUUUGUGCGCUCUCUCUCUCACACCCCCCCCCACAUCUCUCUUCCACAACUAGCCUGGUUGUAUACAGUCCCAAUCUUCCAUUAUUUUAGCUUUAAUGUAUAUUAGUUGUACGUGAAACAUAUGAAUUAGCUGCAGUGGUUCCUAGGUCUGAUUAGUGCUUACAUUUCAAAAUUUCCAAAAGGGCAAGAUCAAAGUUGCUCUCUGGUUCAGGCAAACUAUAGAUUGCCAUGAUGUCCAAACCAGGCAAAUGAUGGUUUGUGCAAACCAUGGUGUUUGUGUGCAAACCAUAAAAUUUGCUUCCAAGCCAGAAAAGGGAAGCAAUUCUGGUUUGAAGUGGGUUUUCAGUUCCAGAGGAAAAUUACAGUACACAUGAUUCAGAUGUUACAGCAAACUAUGGUUUGAUCAAAUCAGACAGGAAGGAAAUUUGAGCACAUAAAGGCAGUUGUAAGAAACUGAGCCAAAUUAUAAUGGAUGUCUGGGUAUAUAUAUAUAUAUAUAUAUAAAUAUAUAUAUAAAUAUAUAUAUAUAUAUAUAUAUAUAUAUAUAACCAGCUCUAUUAUGGACAUUUUCUUUCUUUCAAUUCACACUCAAAAUCAAGCAACAUUUUUUGUUCUUGUUACAUUUCCAUGAAUGCAUGCAUUUACAUUUUGGAUCAUUAUCAUUAGGCAUUGUUAGAACACUUUUGAUACCUUGACAAAAGUGUGAAGAACUUGGAAAAGCUCCCCCUUCCCUUUGUUGUGCGUUGCUUGGAACAAAAUGUUGGAAAUUCAGCUGAGGGUGGCAAUGUGGCUGUUUCCCUCUGAUGUGAUUGGUGAAGCUCCUGUUCAGUGUAGUGUGUGAGAGAGGAAUCUCAGAGCCAGUAACCAAAUAUGGCCCUCUAGGUUUCUCUGUCUGGCCCUUGGCACUCUCCCCAGGCCAUAACCUUCACCAGCCCUAGCUUGCACCAUCCUUGGAUUCCGCCCCCCCCCCAAGGUGGAAUGCAUCCUUGAACUCUGAUAAUGAGGCAAUAGUGGGUGGAUCAAGAAAUGUAAUUUUUACUUUUGUACGGUAGGCUAGUUCCUGCACUCAAACACCCCUCUCUAUCCUCCAUGCAGGCAAGCAAAAGGCAUCAUCAGAGUUCAAGGACAUAUACCAGCCAGGCAAAACCACUCAUGGAGGGUGCCAAGUAGGGUUGGCAAGAGGUGUGGGAAGUGUCCUGAGGCAGAAGGGCUUAGAGGGCCACAUUGCUUCCCCACCAGGCCUGAGGUACCUUCCCCUGCUAUAGAAACUGAUGCUGGCAUGCAAUGUGAGUAUUGGCCAGAUCCUGAUUAUGCAUAGUGGGGUAGCCCCACAUUCCUGACCCUACUGCUAUCUUGACGCAAAGACUGGUUGAGAAUUGCCAGGGUGGGUGAUGGUUGUUGGAGAAAACUAGAUUUAGAAUAUAGUGCGAACUUGGAUAGGUUUGUGGAAGAGGAAUUUGCAGUUUUGUUCAGCUCUUUAGAUAAUAAUAUAUGGGAAUAUUUCUGGCUGUACUUUCAAUCUUCAGCCCUGUUGUGGUAUUUUGCGAACCCAAGAUAUUGAACUCUGGCAGCAGCAACAACAACAACCUGAGGAUAUCUUCCUACUAUAAAAUUGCCAAAACUUUUUAGUAAAUUUCUGCUGGGAGUUCUGAUGAUGACAGGUGGUGAGGAAGUGCUUUCCGCUGUAGGUUUGCACUGUGCCUGCAUAUGUAGUUUAUAUCUACAGCCACUUGUCCACUUUUCCUGUUUCAACGGGAAGCAAAUGGGAGGUAAAGCUUGUCUGAGCUCUUGGUCUUGUUCCUUGGCAAGGAACGCUUCCAGAAAAACAUCUAACAAUCCCACUCUGGACAAAGCUGAAGUUCAUCUUUCUUUCUUCAUUUCGUUUUCUGUUAUUCUCAUCAUAAUUAAUGCCAUUUGGGUAGCUGAGCUAUGCAAGAGCUUGAACUGUCUAUGCUACGCCCUCUCUCUUUCUCUCUGUGUGUACACACACACACACACACACACACACACACACACACACAGUUCAGUUACAACAUGCUGCUUGUAAUCUGCUUUAAUCUCUUUCCUGGACUGGAAGGAAAUGCCUGGCUUGCGGACGCAUGGCUCUGCCAGACGUGUGGCUCUUGGCUGUAUCGGAGGCAGAAGAAUUACCCUGUUCCCUGCCCUGACCUUUGCUCAAAGUAUGGCUUGGCUUUGGUUCACUGAGGAAAGUGUUUACACAGGUCUGGCUCAAAUGCUUUUUAAUAAAGCCUUCAGCCCUUCUAAGGCAUUGUCCUCUGAUAAACCCAAGCAUACAUUCCGGGCACGGCAGUGGUGGGGGAAUGCGAGAGAACUGACCCCUCUUCAGUUUCAGCACCAAAACACUAUGAACUUUGCUGCAGGACUGAAAAUGAGUUUCAGGUCAGCUGAAACUACAAGUUCCAUGUGUAGUCUGGAAUGCCAUCCUGAUGUAUUCGCAGUUGGUGUGUGUCAGACUGUAUAUAUAUAUAUAUAUAUAUAUACACACACACACCCCCAAAAAACAUUCAUUGGAUCAGCAUUCAAAUUCAGCGUCAUUAUGGAGAUGGUGAGAGAGUUAGUGUGCUGUUCCAGAAUAGGAACUUUUUUUCAUAUGUGGUGGGCAUGUAAAAAGGUUAAAGAGUAUUGGGAAAUGAUUUAUAACGAGAUGAAAAAAAUGUUUAAAACAACUUUGCCUAAAAGACCGGAGGCAUUUUUGCUAGGAAUCAUUCAGACAGAGGUUUCAAGGUGCCAGAAAAACUUAUUUAUGCAUGCAACAAUGGCGAGCAGAGUUUUGUUAGCCCAAAAAUGGGAAGUGAGGGAGGUCCCAGGUAAGGAGGAUUGGCAGGUUAAGAUUAUAGAAUAUGCAGAACUAGCCGGCCUAACAUAUAGAAUAAGAAAGCAAGAAGAACAUGUAUUUAAAGCGAAGUGGAUUUUUUAUUUUUUUGCUGAGUAUUAUACGGAAAAUAAUUGCACACAGUUGAAAACACUGGCAGCAUUAAAGUAAAUUCAACCGUAUAAUAAACACUUGAGUGAUGUAAGAUAGGAGAACUGAAUAAAAUGGCUACAGUAAAAUAUACAGGGAUGGUGGAUAAUGAACCAUAGAAGGGGAAAGAGGGAAGUCAUUGAAUGUAUGGUACUAUGUAAGAUGUUUAUUUUGAGAUGUGAAAUUGAAAAAUUAAUAAAAACUAUAAAAAAGGAGUUCCAGACUAGGACCGGAGGACACCAGGUUCAAAUCCCCACCCAACCAUUAUGCUCACUGGGUGACCUUGGGUCCAUUUCUUUUAGCCUAACUAACCCCAUAGGAUUGUUAUGCAUAUAACACGGAGCAGGAGAGCCAUGUACAUUACCUUGGACUUCUUGGGAUAAAGGAGGGGGUAUGCAUGCAAUAAAUUAAUAAAGUAAUAUAACAUCAUGAGGUUGCUUGUGCAUCUGAAAUGGGAGCAGCUGUGGCUUUUACUUUUCUCUCUGCUUCUCUGUGAAAAUCAAAUGGAAAUGCAUUUGGCUUCCACAGUGCCAGGAUGAAAAAGAUGGAACACAUCACCACUUGUGAUUCCUAUUAGUUAUAAAUUACUAACUCCAGAUGUUGUUGUUAUCAUACAUUACAUUCGUGAUCAUUUGUGCUCAUGAUUGUAUCAGGUUGGUUAUAUACAAUCUCACGUCCUACACUGCUUGCACCGGCAAUAGUUAUUUUGGGGGGAGGCAUACCUUUAUACUUAUUCAAGUCCAGUCAGUGCAUGUCCUGUAACAUCCUCUUUGAAAUCCCCAAAAGGUUUUAUGUUGCAUUUUUUUCAGGGAGAGGUGGUUGUUGUUGUUGUUCCACUUUUAUUGUCCUGUAGUGCAAGAGUUGCUCCUCCAAAUUGCAAUAACACGAUAGCAUUGAGGAAGCAAUGCAAAACCACUUAUUGAAAGAAAUGGUGUGUGGACAGCCCACUACAAAUCCACCAUGAAUGCACUAUUAUGGUGUCAACAGCAUGUUGCAGAAUAGACCUGCAAAAGACUCAAACUGUUCUGGAGAGAUGCUAAAUGUCAAAAGAAAUUUGGCAGGUAGAUAGUGCCAAAAACAAACAGAAAAACAACACCCCACCUGAAAAUUGACUGAGAAAUCAGCUUUAAAGUCAUGACUUUAUGGUACUACGCAGCUCAUAACAGCCUUUUGAUUUUCCAGUAGAGUAAUAGUUAUUGUUGCAAACAUAUUCUGCUUUGUUAGAUAGGUGUCUUCUUGCCUAUCUGUGAUUUAAAAUCCACAGCAAAGCUGGGUUUUCAUGUCAUGGAAGUUCUCAUGUUCUCCUGACUUAGAAAAGGAACCUGGAUAAUGAGAAGGAAGCUGCCUUUGACUGACAGUAAGCUCAGGCAAACCUGGGAGUUCUUUAGAGUUGAUUUCCUUCCAACUCUUAAGAAAUAUUUCGCAAAGACCUUUUAAUAGUCUAUUUCCUUGCGCAAUAUAGCACGCAUCUAAACUAUUUGCAUUAUCAAAAGUUCAAAUCCAUGGCCGUGCUGUUUACAUGGGACGACAUUGCCACAAGCCAGUAACUCUGUGGAAUUUUAGCAACGAAAAGCAGGUUUUUUUGUUUUAAAAUUAGUUACAGUAUCACAACCUGACUCAGAAACUUGCUUUGGGCCAAACAAGUACCUUAAUGAUCAAGCGUGUGUGUGAUGUUAUGCUUAUAGCUAAAAUGAUUAGAUAAUGGUUUGAAACUGUUUUCAGAUUAUGUGCAAAGCAUUUUGAGGUGGUAAGUGACUUUACAUGUAGCAUGACCAGGUAUCUGUUCAUGCAGCAGGGAUUAUUCUUUCUUUCCUCCCCCUGUAGUCCCCUGUCACCCCAAAAAAAAAUUUUAGGAGGCUUGUGGGACCCUCUGGAAAAAGCUCACUUUGUCUGGAUUUUCACUUUAUGAAAUAAGGCAACCCUACGCUGAGUGUUGCCCUCCAUGUAAUAGGGAAGAGAGACACUUAACCGCAGACUCCUCUCAUGUUUCUGUGGCAAUGUGGAUGUAGAACUAAAUGGGCAGAUCCAAUCCCCUGGUCUUUCCCAUAUCAUUGUUGCUUAACAGAGGUUGGGGAAAAUGACACUGAAUGAGAAGGACCUGAUGCUUGUCCAUGGAAAUGUGGUGCUGGGCUUUCAAUGUUAUGCUGCUUGGGGCAAAUCCAUAGCUAAAUGUUUUCAUACUGCUGCUGUAGCAUUUGAUGCAGAGAACAAACUUUCACAAGCCAUGCUACAGUGAAUGUGAUCACAAAUAUUAUACCCAGAACAUGUCUUUGGGUUGUGACAUUGUCUUCCAGUGCUGAACCUUGCUAUGAAACCCCACAUUACUCUGGCCCAUCAGCUUCACUUUCAAGUCUAACAUUUGUCCACCGCACUGGGGAGACUCACAAAAAGAGACACACAUCCCAUCUUCUUCCAACAUCCAUCUCCCUAAUCUUCUAAAUUCUUCUCCUGACCUUGUCAGCAAAACUAGUGAUAUUUCAGCACCUUGCCCUAACGCUAGGCGCAUCAGGUGAUAUCCAGUGUUAAUCUUUGAAAUACAUGGAAAGGAGUAACUUAAGUCCAUUAAUUUCAACGGGUCUACUCUGAGUACAACUAACAUUGAAUAUUGCCCAUCAUUUUACUCUGACCCUUCCUAUGGAGUUUUGCUUUAGUUCCAAAAGGUCGCACAGUUCUAAGUUGUAUUAUUCAGCACUAUUUCAUAUUGUGUGAAACCACUGGAGGACCACAGGUUCCCCAUCCCCCAUUUUGGGAAUUUGUGUUGUAUAUGAUGAGUUGAAGAAGAGCAAAUAGGAAACAACUAGCAAUGCUGGCCAUGUUCUCAACUAGCUAUCCCAAGAACCACAUAAACCUGGAGUAUGCAAAUGCUUUCCUCCCAUUUUCUUUGUCUCCAGGGUCCCUUUGCAGUUUCUGGCCUAGUUAAUCCUGAAUUGCUUCUUCAAGCUCAAGCACACAUUAAAUUGCAACUUGUACAGAGUGAGUGCACCAUAUAAGUUAGAAGGCCUUUGAACUGCUCAUUAUAGUCUCCUACGCUGAAGCUAUAACAGUGAAAGUGGUUGUCCAGGGACCAGAACCCACCCAUAUGCAACAAUCAGCUGACUGCAUAUGGGUGGAAGUGGCCAAUUGCUUCCCACCCACCAACAUCAUGAACAUAAUACAGGACUAAACGACAUUUUAUGCAAAAACAUGCGUAAAGAAUGGCUUGUUUUUCUGGAUAGCAGAGCUUUGAGAAAAGGUAGUUUGCAGUUGAAAAGUAUGGGAGGGGCCUUUAACUUUUCCUCCCCUGCCUCCGAUCUCCCGGAACGGCUUUUCUCCAUGUGCGAUUCCAAAUGCACAUGCUGUGACGUUAACAUAUGAGAGUGCUGGAGGUGAAAUAGUUAAACAGGUUACCCAAUCAAGACCCAGGGGGUGGAGUCAGAGGGACUAUAAAACCAGCUCUGGGAGGGGCGAAAGGGGAGUUCGCUGGGAGUUGGGUGGUUGGUUGGAGUGGGAGUGAGUUGGGAUAGAGUCUGUGGGUAGGUUGAGUUAGUGUAGCGAAAUAAGCUGAGUCAGGAACAGUUAGGAGCUAGGAAGACAAGUAAAUAUCUGAGAGGUGGUUUAGUGAGUGAGAGCAGGUAGCGGAAGUUAUAGGUCUGGAUAGGCACCCCAUGAUUGUAAUUGACCGAUACCGUUUAUGAAACCACACUGUAAUGGUUUCUAAGGGGGUUGCUUGUGCGUAAGCAGGCAACUAUCUCCCUGGCUGGGUGCAAACACCUGGCUGGGCUGCCAAAGUAAACCUUAUCUGUCCGGACCGCCACUCACCCGUGGCUGACUCAGUCGCUGGCAGAAUCCGUGAGUGGGCGUUUCUUAAACUUCCAGCAAAGAAGCUUUUUGACGCCUAGUCUCCGCCUACCCUCUCUGCGCGAAAGCCUUCUGCGCUGAGAGGGCGUGGGCAACGGAGGACCCCUACUCUCCCCGCUGGUCCCAGGCGAGGAGUCAUGGGACCACCUCGCCACUUCCACCACCUGCCCCCCUUCUCCACUGGUGCUAUGCUGAUUCUCUUCCCCAGAAGAGGAGCUGCUUCUCCCGAUCCCUGGACGCUCUCUGGAAUCCCUCUGGCUUUUGCUCUCUCCCUCCAGCACUGAUGGCAGUCCCCUGACACACACGCUUGUUAAACCGCAAUAAAUAAACAGAAGUUUAUGUUCCAAUUUAACCCUGACUGGACUCAGUAUUGUACCAGCUAGGGCCUGGGUGGUGGCAGCGAGAAAUAAAGUGGUGGCACAGGGAUCAAUAGACGGUGAAACGUCCGGGGACCCUGUGUGAUCGCCACACAUGCUUGGAACCUUGUGGGGGUGGGGAGGAGCUUAGGGGAGUGAUAUGAAGUGGAGAAGCCCACUUCGCCUGCUACUUCUCUGCUCCAAAUUGCCCCUCACAAAGUGGAUUUUCCUUAAACACUAGGUCGCUGGAGGACUGUUCCAUGCAUUUACAUACAGCAUGCAGAUAGGCCCAACAGCAAAUGGAAAAACAGACCAGAGUAUAGCAGUCCAGACAGUAGAGUCAAUGCAAUUACUGUAUUACACCCUGCUUAUCAGUUGUUCUCUCCCCUGGAGUUUUUAUUGCUAGGCACAUUUAUAUUAAAAAUAAACACAAGCCAAGAUAUCAUCCUGGGUUCACCGAGGACCUUAUCCCACUUCUCCCCCCUGGAAACAAUUCACUGCUUGCAACUGGGACUGAAACAUGGAAAUAUACUGCUUGAAGAAUCACGCUUUCACAUUGCCUGCACACUGGCCAUUACACCAGCUCUGAAUUAACUACUAUGCUAGGAACUACAUGGAGUAAGGCCUCAUAUAGCCUGAGGUCCUUGGGCAGAAGGAAAACUUAGAAUAUUCAUAGUUUGGCCAACAUGGAGAAGCAAAUGUUCCAUGUAUCAGAGAAGGUUCUUUGGGUCGAGGAAGAUGAAAUAGGCAGGAUGAAACAGGGUACUGGGUAGGACAGAAUAAUAAUAAUAAUAAUAAUAAAUAAUAAUAAUAAUAUAUACCCCGCCCAUCUGGCUGGGCUUCCCCAGCCACUCUGGGCGGCUUCCAAGAAAAGUAAUGCAUCAAACAUUAAACACUUCCCUAAACAAGGCUGCCUUCAGAGGUCUUCUAAAAGUCUGGUAGUUGUUCUCUUUGACAUCUGGUGGGAGGGCGUUCCACAGGGCGGGCGCCACUACCGAGAAGGCCCUCUGCCUGGUUCCCUGUAACUUGGCUUCUCGCAGUGAGGGAACCACCAGAAGGCCCUCGGUGCUGGACCUCAGUGUCCAAGUAGAACGAUGGGGGUGGAGACAGUCCUUCAGGUAUACUGGACCGAGGCCGUUUAGGGCUUUAAAGGUCAGCACCAACACUUUGAAUUGUGCUCGGAAGCGUACUGGGAGCCAAUGUAGCAUAGUGGUUGCUUCACAUUUUCUGUCCCUGAGCAGAAAUCCCAGCUUAGCUAGCGAGGCUGAUGGGUUUUGUUCGUUAAGGUAGAAUUAUUUGCCCGUGUGUGAUAUGUGGCACACCGGGAUCAUUUCAUUAAAUUGUUCUUGAAGGGCAUGGCCAAAUUUAGCGUGGGGCACCUUAUUAACUGUUCCAUCUCUCGACUUGUCAUGAGCGGAUGACGGAGUAGAUCCGGGAAUGUGCGGUGGGUAAGAUUGGAUCAUGGUCUUCAGGUCCGUUGCAGUCCUAUGAUUCCAACAGCAAUGACCGCCCCCCCCUUCCAGGAAUGCAUUCUGCUGUUCUCUGCUGCCACUCUUGAGUGGUGGCUGGGAGUGGGGAGGGUCAUCAUUGCUAUCUGCCAUUCACUCAAGGCAAGUGAAGAAAGGUGGGAAGCCCAGUUCUGUUGGAACAUCAUUGCAGCUGCCUAUUAUUUAUGCAAACAGCACUAGUAGUCUGUGUUCACCAGUGACCAUGCCAUCAGUGCCCUCCAGAUGUUGCUGAACUAUAAUCUCUUACCAUUGUUCAUAGUGGCUGGAGCUGAUGGGGUGCUGGGAAAGGAUGGCUUGUGUAAGUAAGCCAUCCUGGACAGCUGUGCAUUUUCUGUGCAAACCAAUUCCAUCCACUGCUGCCCUUCCCUCCUCUACAGCAUUGGUAGUAGCUAAUAGGUAUGGACCCCGCAGCUGUUGUGGUGAAGGGCAAGAACCAGGAUAUAAACCAUUCCAGUGGGCAGAACGGAGCAAAUGAUUUCACAAAUGCUUUAUUAAUUAUACAUGUAUUUUCUGGUUGUUAGCUGCUUUCAGGGGAUAAAAAUGCAAUAAAGGGUGGGGGGGCUACAUUUUUCCACACCCUUCACUGUAUGUAGAUGCUGAUAAACUAUAAAGGCAUAAGACCCCGGGGUGUAGCUGAGCAGAGGGACCCAUAUCCUUUAAUCUGGCCCUGAUCCAAACCAUACCAGAAAAGAAAUUAUUCAGUUUCUCCGGAAAAAAAAUAUAUCCAGGGAAAUAUAUAUAAAAUAACUCCCCGAGGCCGCUUGUUUCCUUGGCCAACUGUUCUUACAAAGUUGCAGCUUAAACCCGUUGAUUUCUGUCCUUCCCUGAGGUAUCCUCUAUCUUCUUUAUAGCAGCCUUUUAAACUUGUGAAAACUGUUAAUCCUUUUUUCCUCCAGGCUUAAUGUACCCAGUUUCUUUCUGGUCCACGCUCAUUUUUCUUGCAUUCAAAACACUUCAACAUCUUUGUUGCUCCCCUUUGAAUCCUCUCCAAUUUGUCCACAUCCUCCUUAAAAAUCUGGCAAAGGGAGCCGAACAUAAUACUUCUUCGGCUUAGCCUUAAGUGGUGCCAAGUGGAGCAAUGCUAUUCCUUCCUCUGUUCUGGAUAGAAUGCUUCUCCCCCCCCCUUUUUUUAAUUUUUUGGCUAAUGCAGCUCAAAAUGGCAUUUUGGUAUUGUGGACGGAUGGGAGGGGUGGGGGUAGGGGGAGCACAUUAUUGCUGAUUCAUGUUCGGCCUGUGAUCUGCUAUAAACACACACACACACACACCCAUCUGGCUAUUUGUGCUUUGUUUUCUGAAAUAAGAGAUACCAUGGCUCAGGCCUGCCCCUCCCUAUUUGAUUAAUGUGGUGCCAUUUAUUAUGACAGGAAGGUUCAUUUGUGCCAAACCUUGGGGUCACUUUCCCUCCAGAGUCAGAGGCAGCCUGUCUCUGGUUACCAGCUGCUAGGCUUCCCAUGGACAUCUGGAGGACCACUGUGAGAACAGGAUCCUGGGCUAGAUAGGCCACACUGAUCCAGCUGGGCUUUUCUUCUGUUCAAAACUCACCCACUCCUUGUUAUUACAGUGGGAAGUGGUGGGACAUGAAUUUGGGGGGGGGGAGAGAGAUUUAUUUUUUAAAAAUUAUUAUUAGGCAUAUUUAUAUUCUGCACUUCUGUUGAGAGCUCAUGAGAGCUCAGAACAGCUGAGUUACAACACAGCACAAAAACGAUUCACCAAAAUGAGAUCGACAAGUAAACCCAAUUUAAUGAUAUUUUAUUGAGGAUUUUUGUUCAUGGUACAGGAGUCCAACUCUAUGAGAAUGGUAUUUAGAGUUCGCAAUGAUACCUAACACCUUAGGCAUGCGCUUCUUCCUUCAAAGCCUCCUAGAGGUAUGAUUUUUUUUAAAAAAAAUCUUAACACCUCUAUAUCUCAACGUGUUCAGCAAUGUAAAGUGGCUGUUGUGCUGUUGGAUGGCCUCAGUGGUGCAGCGCAUGCUUUGCACCGAGAUAGUCACAGGUUUAGUCCAGGGGUCAGCAAACCUUUUCAGCAGGGGGCCUGUCCACCGUCCCUCAGAACUUGUGGGGGGCCGGACUAGAUUUUUUUUGGGGGGGGGGAUGAACGAAUUCCUAUGCCCCACAAAUAACCCAGUGAUGCAUUUUAAAUAAAAGCACACAUUCUACUCAUGUAAAAACACCAGGCAGACCCCAUAAAUAACCCAGAGAUGCAUUUUAAAUAAAAGGGCACAUUCUACUCAUGUAAAAACACGCUGAUUCCUGGACCAUCCGCAGUAUUUAGAAGGUGAUUAGGCUGGAUCCAGCCCCCGGGCCUUAGUUUGCCUACCCAUGGGUUUAGUCCCUAGCAUCCCCAGUUAGCAUCAGGAAGGUGAGCUGGGAAGGAUCCACAUCCAAGACUCUGAAAUGCUACCAGUCAGUAUAGAUAAUACUGGACAACUUCAUGCAGAGUUUUCACCUGUGAGGAUCAUUUACAAGCUUCAGUGCCCUGGAUAGAUGAUGUUUUGUUCCACCCUGUUCACUUUGACUGGGGUCCACUAGACCUCAAUGCUGUUUCAACAAAUUAAAACACACAUAUGCGCACACCUCUGUGCAUGCAAUCUUGCACACUCCGUACGAAAGAGAAGGCAAUGGAAUGCCACGGAAUAAUAGACUUCUUUGUUGUAGGAGAACACAUGGAAUAUGAAGUGGUAGAAGCUGGGCUUUGUGUGUUACAUUAUUUUAUGUCCUUUUGAGGUCAAUUAUAGACGAUCAAUCCCAGUAUGAAUUGCUUACUGUUGUCGUGCGCUAUUCCUCUUUCAUUUAACUGUAACGCACAUUGGGUGGCUAACACACAUUUAAGGGGUCCUGGUUAACACUCCUCAGCUGCAAAGUGGUAAGGGACAAUUUGUAGGUGUGUCAUUCCCCGUCUUCUGGGCAGGAUAGUAGUCUAGCUGAACUAGUGAGUGUAAAUACUGAGCAGCUGAACAAUGACCAAGACGGGAGCUGUCCAGCAGUGUGUUAGCUGGGUUAUCAAGCACCAUUGUUCUCCAAAGCACUUUGAAUGCUUUCAAGUCUGAAACAGGGAUGGGAGAAUCUGUGGCCUCCAGGUCUACAAGUCUCAGCAAUGCAGCCAGCCUGUUUAAUGCUCAUGGAUUAUGGGAGUUGUAGUCUAACAACAUCUGGAGAGCCACAGGUUCCCCAGUCCUGCUGUAAAACACCAUAGAAACAGUGGCAAAGCCAUAAAGCCAAUGGUAUUUACCCAGUUUCAUUCCCAAUGUCAUGAAGUGAAUAAGGCAGCCUUCUCUAACCUAGUGCCCUCCAGGUGUUGUGAGGAAAAUGGCCAUCAGUGGCUAUUAACCACAGUCAGAGGCAGUAUGGCUCUGAUUGCUAUUUGCUGGGAAUGACAAACCGUCUUGUUGUGCUAAGGUUCUGCUUGCAGGUUUCCAACAGGCAUCAGGAUGGCCUCUGGGAGAGCCGGAUGCUGAACUAGAGAGAUCUUGGACCUGAUCUAGCAGGGCUGCUUUGAUCUUCUAAGGUUGAGUCUCUUGGAAGAAUCCAUCUAAUUCAGCUGAACUCCCUCUCUCCCAAUCAGCUGGCUGCAGUCUCAUCUAAGCUGCAAUUUAAACCAGCUUUCAAUAGCCAGACUUUCUUCCAAGGGACCUUGAGAACAGGACCUUUCGUGGAGAUGCUGGAAACUUUGCUAGAAACUUGCAGCUAUCUCACAGAGUGGCCAUUCCCAGGGUUUCUUGAGGUAACCAUUUAUGCAUUGCCAAAGAAGAGGAGAUGCAUCACCAAACCAAAGGACACAGAUUUACAUGAAAUUUGCAUGAGCUAAUUUUAUAUGUAUGGGUGUACAGUUAGAAAUAAUUACUGUAAUGUAAAAAGAAUAGAGGUUCAGCGGGCUGGAUUCAAUUAAAAAGCUGCACUAGUGGAAGGCAACACUAGAUAGGCUAGCACAAUAGGGCUUUACCCCUCCCCUCCCUGUGCCCCUACACCCCAAAUCAAGUCAGUAGGGUGGGAGAACAACAGAACAGAGUGGUGGGAGAGGAGAUGGUUCCAUCUAGCUGGCAGAAAUUCUUGCACAGACAAAGCAAUUGCAUUAGCAUGAUGCUGGAUUCAACUCAUAGCUGUCAACCUUCCCUUUUUUUGCGGAAAAUUCCCUUAUUCCAGCACCGUUUCCCGCUGCUUCCCACUGCUAUGCCGGAUUGUUAGAUAUCCCGUAGACUGUCCCCAGGACAGGUGAGGCUGCUGAUCCCUUAUUUUCAAAUCUGAAAGUUGACGCCUAUAAUUGCACUCAAUGUAUCUAACCAGGUAACAUGUGUGGCUGUUCACUCCUCUCUCCAGAAGUUGCCUUGGUUGGGCAACUUCAUAGCCCCUGCUAUCCUUUCUCGUGGUUCUUUAUCUUUAAGCCAGGCUUAGAUCUGUCAGCCUUUCAAACAGUGGGCUGUCCUCUGUACAGUAGGGCAGCUGGCCACUCUAGCAGAAACCCUAGCCAUUCAUCUGAUUUUUGUUUGUAACGUACACAUGCCUGAACAUCUAUUGCUCCCUGCGCCACCAUGUUCUCCUUCACUCUUGCUUUCACUCUCGUUAUUAACUGCACCUGAUUUCCAUAAGUCAUUAUAUAAUCUAGGGCUGGGAAAUGUCGUCGCCCCCCCCCCCGAUAUAUCACCCUUGACCGUGAGCCAUGCUGGCUGGGUCUGAUGAGAGCUGGAGCUCAACAUCUGGAGCUACAGAGGCUCCCUGUCCCUGGCAUGGUCCCUCCAUAUAUCUCAUGGUCAAAUAUUGUUUUCAUAAUCUAGAGCCAUUUGCCUUCUUCCUCGUUCUGUGCUGUAUUGUUGUCUUCACUGCAGGCAGCAUUGCAUCCUUAACUAUCCCAAGGGAUUUUCAUGAAGGUUUUUAUUUCUAAAAGCUAAUAAGUUGCAGCCUGAUUACCUAAAUGUGGAAAAUGUUUCGCUGGGCCCAGAAAGGGGUUUCUGAGAUGCUCAUAGGCCUGAAUUGCCCAGGAUAUGCUUUCAGGCUUGCCUAUUUAUAGAAACAAUCAUCAUCUUAAUGUCUUGGUUUGCUCCCAUCUAGAGCUGGUGUCACAGUGCCAGCCUGUGAAAAGGAAACCCAUCUUUUUUACCGUCCGCAAGAGACAACCUCUCUGGUCCUCCAUAUCUGAUACCCCAACUCUGGCUGUAGCCACAAAGCCACCCAUUAGUCUUCUAACAUUUGCUGUUGCAAGGGUUGCCACCUUUAAGUGAGCUUCUCACAGAAGCUCGGCACAUAGAAAUAUGCCAUUUCCAUCUCCAUUCCAGGAAAAGCUUCGCCUGCUUAAUGUCUUGCAUACCUAGCUGCUGUUAAAGCCACAGGAGGAGAAAGGUCAGUGGAAGAAGUGGCAACUCUCUCUGUGGCAAGGAAAAUAGCGAGCACAUUUGUGUGCUUAAAUGGCUGGCAAACCAAUGAGAAAGCACCCUUUAAAAAAAAAAAGGACAUACCGUAUUUUUCGCUCUAUAAGACACACUUUUUUCCCUCCUAAAAAGUAAGGGGAAAUGUGUGUGCAUCUUAUGGAGCGAAUGCAGGCUGCGCAGCUAUCCCAGAAGCCAGAACAGCGAGGGGGAUCGCUGUGCAGCGCUCCCUCUCGUUCUUCUAGCUUCUGGCUUAGCCAGGCGCAGCCUCUUCAGGGCAGCGGGGAGCCUUCAUCCCACUGCCCUGAAGAGGCUGCGCAGCUAUCCCAGAAGCCAGAACAGCGAGAGGGAUCACUGCGCUCCCUCUCGCUGUUCUAGCUUCUGGCUUAGCCACGCUCUGUCCCUUCCCCCACCUCCCGCAAAAGCCCCCAAGAGCCGCGCUCCCUUUAAAGAGCCUGGGAUGCAUACAGGCUCUGCUCAGCGCUCCCUUCAAAGAAUAUUUUUUUUCUUGCAUUCCCCCUCUAAAAACUAGGUGCGUAUUAAGGUCAGGUGCAUCUUAUGGAGCGAAAAAUAUGGUAAUUUAAAACUGAGUUUUAAAUCCAAGGAACGUUUGGAGCUGGGAAUGCAUUUACUAUUAUCUUGACCUAAGCUUGGUAGGGAAUCCAGCAACCACACAGAAACGCAACCAGCACGUGUUUCAAUGUCAUCCUGGUCAUAGUUGGGUUGUUUGCUGAUUUCAGCAAGACUUAAGCACCCCAACUGCUGCUGCUGCUGUGCAGGAACUCAGCCUAAUGCAUCGUCAUUUCUAAUUGCCUUUUCACUCUGGAAGACAGCUCUCACUGUAUUGUGUGACAGAUCUCAUUUCAUUGUUCCGUGUUUAGUCUUGAUGUUUGUGCUUUGCAAAGUUGAGCUUGUCUCCCUUCGUUUUGUUGCUGUUUAUGUAUAAUUUAAGGCAUUUUUAGUUGUCUUGUAAUUGAGUUUCAUGUGUCCCAGACUUAUGCAUCAAGAAGAAAAUAUCAAUAUUUAACAUCCUCCACUGGUAAUGAAGAUUUGCAUUUACUUCAUUUUGGUUCCUGGCAUAUGAAUAUUCUGCACCACAGCUCCCUGGGUAUUAAAUUCAUCCCCUGUUAUGCAAUACAAUGUUAAUGACAGGCAGGAAGCCAGAUCUCUUAAAAUGGUUAAUGCUAUUAACUCUUCUUAGUUGGUAGGGGAGCAGGGGAGAAACACAUGCAGUUUAUGAACAGGCAGGUAUUCAGCUGCUGAAUGCCUGAAAAACACAACUCCUUGGGGGCUUAGCUAAUUGAGAAUGUCCUCCUGCAGAGCUGCAACAGGGGAGGUAGGCCACAUGAGUGGCGUUAACAGAGAUUCAGGAUGAUUCCCCAGUUAGAUCCCUAUACACAUGUCUGAAUACCCAUGCAUAGGGUUGGACUGACCUCCACCUGUUUUUUUGCUGUCCAUGGGAAUCAUCUUACACUAAUACGUGUGUGUGUGUGUGUGUGUGUGUGUGUGUGUGUGGACUGCUUUUAUGGUAAGUAAUAGUUACUGGAAGCAGUCUGCAUGUGCAACCACAUUCUAAUGGAUGUGCUGCCCAGGGGAGGAGGGAGGGGAAGUAUCACAUUUUCCCAGGGUUUUAAAAAUAUUGUGGUUUGAAAGCUCAGAAAAUGCAGAGUCCCUGCAACACAACCACAACCACCAAGUCAGGCAUAUGGACAGUGCAUAGUCAAUAGACUGUCAGUCCUCAAACAACUGAUCCAUGUGGGAAAGAGCCCUUGGUCUGGUGGUGGUGGUGGCUGUUUUUCCACAGAGACAAAUAGUUGCAGAUUUUAUUCCAAAAGCUGGUGGAGAAAUAUGCAUCUUUGUAUAAACGCAACACAACAAUAGUUCAAAAGAACAUCUGGCGGCUGUGAGCAACGCAAGGGAGAAACAGAGCAAGGGAGCCGAGUUGAGGGCUCUUUGUAGCUGAGCUGGCAGGGCACAAAGCUGCGAAUAAAGAAAUAAACAAGGCCGGCAAGGAAAGGGUGUGCGGGUCACACCUGCAACAUACAUCUAAAGCAUUCCAAUAGCACUUUAGCAGCCACACCUUCAUGCAAAGAAUCCUGGGAACUGAAGUUUGCUAAGGAUGCUCAGAGUUCUUGGUUUGCUAACUGUAAUUAAGAAAUGACAGUUCCUGGGACUCUUUGGGUGAAAGCCAUGGCUGUUUGAGUAGUAUAAAAAGGUAAAGGGACCCCUGACCGUUAGGUCCAGUCAUGGCUGACUCUGGGGUUGUGGUGCUCAUCUUGCUUUAUUGGCCGAGGGAGCCAGCGUACAGCUUCCGGGUCAUGUGGCCAGCAUGACUAAGCUGCUUCUGGCGAACCAGAGCAGCGCACGGAAACACUGUUUACUUUCCCGCCGGAGCGGUACCUAGUUAUCUACUUGCACUUUGAUGUGCUUUUGAACUGCUAGGUUGGCAGGAGCUGGGACUGAACAACGGGAGCUCACCCCGUCACAAGGAUUCGAACCACCGACCUUCUGAUCGGCAAGUCCUAGGCUCUGUGGUUUAACCCACAGUGCCACCUGCAUCCCUGUUUGAGUUGUAUAAGAGUGCUUUAAUUGUGUGGAGCUGAGGUGACUGAACUCUCCACCUGUCACCAGCCUGGCAGAAAGUGGGGAAAGCAGGAGAGCCCCCCCUCCCCGGGCUAUGUUGUGCACAGGGCCCAGCCCUACCUUUAUGCAGACAUUAGGUGGUGGGUGCUAGGGGCGGAAAGCAGUGUCAAAAUGUUGGAGGAGAGAGAUGUCAUACAGCUAGUUGUGUGCCCCCAGAGCUCACCGACUGCUGCCCUCAAGUACGGAAGAGGGCACUGCCCCUUUGCCAACAUUGAGAUAAGGUUCUACUGUCAGUCUGGUCAGCUUCUGCACAUGGGACAGCACCAUCUUAUCCUCAGGUAGCAAAAGGAUUUGGCCAGCUCUGGCAGUGCAGACUGCCCCAGCAUACCAUGUGCAGUUCUGGGAUUGUCAACUGGUCCAAACAGGAAAAAAAAUUGUUUAUAGCAGGUAGACUUUAUAAGGAUCUGAAAAGUGUCCAGUGAACUAGUAAACAUUAGACUUAUUGACCGCCUAGCCCGACAGAACCUUACCUCCAAAACCAAAGUGCACUUUCCCAUAGAAAGUAAUGCAAAAUGGAUUAAUCUGUUCUAGACUUUUAAGAACAACCCCUAAAACAGCAAUUUAACAUGAAUUUUACUAUCUAAUGAGACCGUUGAUCCAUAAAAUGAAAGCAAUAAACAAUGUACUGCAGUCACACAAUUAAUCAAUCAGUCAAUCAGUAGCUGAACUGGGUUCCACACAGUCACAAAAACAAAAGAAAAAAAGCAGCAAAAACAAAAAAUGCAAAAUAAAUAGCAAAAACAGACAGACCUCAGUGUAACACUCAAAACUGAGCAUGUUUGGCUUCCAAAAAAUGUUUGCAAACUGGAACACUUUCUUACGGGUUUGCAGUGUUUGUUUCCAAGUUGUUGGAGUACCAAGGCUUUUGAGAACCAAGGUACCACUGUAUUGUUGAAAGCAAAAGUUGUCGACUCUCUUGGACAGCCUGUGUCUGCCAUUGAAAGGGAAUGUGCUGCUCUCUGCCACCAUCGAUCUCCAGGAAGACACAUAUGUACUACACAGGCCAGGCUAGGCCUGCCCCACCAUAUCACCUCGCCUGCUUCUUGAUGUCAGCAGAUGGUGGCGUUGGCCCGCAGGCGAUAGGACUAGGCCCCAAUAGGAUUCCACAUGGUUGUGCAAUACCGUGAUGCCAUCCCACUUGUGAAGUAAUUGAACAAUUGCCGAGCAGAUGCUUCUGGGAAGAAUGGGCUCCUUUUGCUGCUCUCUUAGUGGCCUAGCCCAGAGAGAAGCUCAUAGAUGCAACAGGUUCCAUUGCAGACAGAACCCCCUACUGGCCAAACAAGGUCAAAACAGCUCCAGCAGAUCUUGCUAGUGACACUGUGGGGAAUUGGGUCCAGUGAGUUGAUAGGCUAUUUUGGGUUAAAAUUUUUAAAAAAUGGCAAAUUGCAAAUUGACAGCCUUUCUUUUCACAAGAACAGAUAAGGCAAGCAGCAGGAUGCCAGUUAGCAGGCAAACUGUCAUCACCCACCACCGCCCCAGUUACAGUAUUAAUACGCGCUGCCUCAAAAGUGUUGAACCGGGCGUCAAAGAGACGCUCGUGUGUUUGCAUAAUGAUUGAUCUGCCAGAGAUAGCAAGUUCUUUUUAUGAGUUGUUUUGGGGCUGGAGUCCAAAGGACAGGUGGCAGGUGGUUAACUACAUCUGCUGGAACAUCAAGAAGUUCAAAUAAAAGCGCUUCCUAACAGCAUUACAAAAGUGGGCAAAGGCAGGUUCACUUUCAGCUAAAGGAGGGUCUCACCUGUACAUUUGUUCUCAUAGUAGGCACCCCACUUUGAGAGUUAAACAAGCUGCUGCACUCCUAAAUGCACCGAGAACACAACAAAAUAUAUCUCCUGUUAUCGUUGUUUCUCUAUAUCUAUGCCUUUUCAUCAUCAUCAUCAUCAAAAUGAGGAGGAGGAGGAGGAAAUUUUAUAGUGCAGAUUAGGGAACCUGUAGCCUCUCAGAUGUUGUUGUGCUCCAACUCCCAUCAGCCCCAGCCAGAAUGAGCAAUGAUCAGGUAUGAUGGGAAUUGUAGUCUGGCAACAUCAGGGAGGGCCACAGGUUCCUUACCCUUAUAAUAUGACCUUCAUUGUUCAAAGCAUCGUGCAUAGAUAGCACUGCUAAGCCUAGCAAUCAUUAUUAUCCCAUAUUUUGGAGGAGGGAUAAUGGUUUGCCUGAGGCCACCUUGAGAGUUUGUGUCUUGAGGUGGGAUGGAUGCAUUAAGGAAGCAGUGCAGCCAGUGCAAGAGCUGCAAUGGAUGGUGGGAGAUCUGGUUUUGAAAUCCUACCCUGCCAUGGACUUCAGGGAUGAACGUGGGCAGAUGCCAGUUACGCCUUAUGCCUAAGGCUAAAAUAGUGGCUUUGGUAUCACCAUCAGCUGGGAUGGGGCAGAGCUGGCAAGAUCUGUCAGAGGAGGAUUCAAGGGUUGGCGCUGGAGAGAGCUCAGGUAAUGAGCUGGGAGAGGUUUCCGCCCCUUUGUUGUCGGGCAUCACAAGUCAGCCUGUCCCCUGCUACUUGGGAGUGAAGUCCCCAUGGUAGCAGAGGAGGCAGAGGGAUGUCCAAUCAGCAGGGCUGGCUGAACCAGAGGUUCAGAAGGACUGACUCAGGUCCCAUCACAAGGGAGUGCCUGCAGGAGCACAGACUUGCAAGUACCGUCUUCUCGCUUUGGAUGGGAAGCACACAAAUGACUCUUCCUUCACUACUCUUUAAAAGUAGAGCAGCAGAGGCAUGCCAGGUGUAGGGGCAACACCUUAGCUACUGCCUAGCCAUGAAUCUUAGAGCUGUGCUUGUAGACUUACGAACCGUGUAUCUUGUAAUUAUUAUUAUUAUUAUUAUUAUUAUUAUUAUUAUUAUUAUUAUUUCUACCCCGCCCAUCUGGCUGGGCUUCCCCAGCCACUCUGGGCAGCUUCCAACAAAAUAUUAAAAUACAAUAAUGCAUCAAACUUUAAAAGCUUCCCUAAACAGGGCUGCCUUCAGAUGUCGUCUAAAAGUCUGGUAGUAGUUGUUCUCUUUGACAUCUGAUGGGAGGGCGUUCCACAGGGCGGGUGCCACUACCGAGAAGGCCCUCUGCCUGGUUCCCUGUAACUUGGCUUCUCGCAGUGAGGGAACUGCCAGAAGGCCCUCGGUGCUGGACCUCAGUGUCCGGGUAGAACGAUGGGGGUGGAGGUGCUCCUUCAGAUAUACUGAACUAAGGCCAUUUAGGGCUUUAAAGGUCAACACCAGCACUUUGAAUUGUGCUCAGAAACCUUGAACUAAUGCUGAGACUUGAGUCCAAAUACUGUGUCUGAGGGUGAGAGCCAGGACAGUGUCAUCUUUGCAUGAAAGAACCCUAUUCCUUCCCUAAGUUGUUGUAUGUUUACUCUGCUUUUCCAAUUCCAUUCUCUCUUUCCUGGUCAUAUGGGAAAUGUGCAUGAAAUCCCCAAGCCUGAUGGGUUGGGAGCAAAAGGUGUCUCCCAGUAAAGCUGUGUUUCAGCUUGAGAAGCUUAACUGAAUUGUCCUGACUGGACACUAAACCAUUGGGACACAUUUAUUGUUUGGAGCUUUUCUGGGAGUCAUGGAUUUGAUUGCAGGCAUUUUUAAACUUUCCUAUAAUAUGAUUCCAGCUGAUCUCAUAUGGCUUGGUGAGGUCAAAAUCCUACUCCAGGUGUUUCCAUUUCUCCCUGCUUGCAGUACGGUGAGUCUGUGGGGACUCAAGUCCGGGAAAUAAUAGAUUUUGUCUGAGCCAGCCAAUGCCUUCAUCUCCAUUUCCUCCAAGACCGAAGCAGACAAAACAAACUGCUUGGAGGAGGGGUGUGAAUACUGCUUUUCUACUGGAAACCUUGGGCAACAGAUUGGAUUUCUAAAUUCCUGGCUUAGUCUGCAACUGCUGGAAAAGGUGUCACACACACACACACACACACACACACACACACACACACACACACUGGUGGGAUUCACCUAAUGAAUCCCGUCAAUGCAGAACCUGCACAAGGGCUUCCACUUGCGCAAUGGGGCUUUCCCCUCCUCUCCUUCCCUCCAUGCCCCCCCCAGCACUCUCCCAAAUUGGCUUGGCAGGGUGGGGGGAAACUCUAGAACGGCACAUAGGGGGAGGAGAGGGAGGAUUGUUCCAUCUGGCAAGCCUCAACUCUUGCAUUGACGAGACAUUCACCAUAGCAUGAUGUUGAAUUCCACCCAUAUAUUCUGCUUUAUAUGAACAAAAACUGCUCUUAAAGGGGCUUAUAUUUCCUGCAUCUGGCAGAUUUUUUAAAGGUGUAGUUGGCUCAAGUGUUUGAUUGUGAAUGGCAGAUCAACCAAAGAGGGGGAAAGGUAAUAUCAGCUGGAACAGAUACCUCUGUGCUGCUACUUUUGUGAGAGCCUGGGUCUCUGGUAGUCAGAUGGAAAAUGUGACUUUGUUCCUUGGUCUGUUCCCAAGUGAAAAUAUUGCCAGCCAGCCAUAGAAAAUCCACCUGGACCUGGAACGAUAGAUGAGGAAAAACAAAGUUGUACUUACCUGUAACUAUUGAUCACACAGAUUCACACACACUGACAAGGCUUGCACUGGUGGUACAUACUGGGUUGUAGCCAAUGCUAGUCCUACUCACAGUACCCAUUUAAAGUAAUGAACAUGACUGACUCAAGCUCAUUGCUAUCAGUGGGUUGGAUACAACCCAUACUAUAUGUUUGCGUUGGUGACACAAAUCCUAAAACUGGAAAGAUACAGAGAAUAUGAGGGUGACAGGUAAUUAAAUGAAACAUCCCUUCUUUUGGGGGCAGGGGAAUGGUGGCAGUCCAGUGGUAGAAUGCAUACACAUCCAGCAGGGCCGGCCCUAACAUUGGGCAGAGUGAGGAAGCUGAUUUGGGGUAUCAUGAAAGGGAAAGAAAUGGGUUGCUAUUCAAUUUAUCUGCCUUAUAUUUUUACCAUGAAAGAUGGGGGAGAGGCCCUGUGAGAUAUAUAUUUUUUGUCCUCGGAGACAGUCCAGCCUUUGGUACUAUGCAUCUUGACUACUCCAUCUUAGGCAGCAAUGUGUCUUGGGCUGGCCCUGUACACCUACAAAAGGUCCCAGAUUCAAUCCCCAGGUAAGGUUAAGGGAGUUUCUGCCCUCUCCCCUCUGUGAUUUCCAGCAACUAACUGGCCUUCAGAAGCAUUAGCACCUCUGGCUGUGAAGGCAUAGCCAUCAAGCCUAGUAGCCAUUGAUAGCCUUAACCUCUAUGAAUUUGUCUAAUCCAGGCUUCCUCAACCUUGGCCCUUCAGAUGUUUUGAGACUACAAUCCCCAGCAUCCCUGACCACUGGUCCUUCUAGCUAGGGAUCAUGGGAAUUGUAGGCCAAAAACAUCUGGAGGGCCGAGGCUGAGGAAGCCUGGUGUAAUCCUCUUUCAAAGCCAUUCAAGUUGGUGGCCAUCACUGCGUCCCAUGGGAGUGUAUGGCAUGGUUUAUGCACUUUGCGACAUAUACUUGUACCUUGCUUUCCCACCCAGGAGCUGGAAGGUUUUGCACGUUUUCUUCACCUCCAGCUUUUUACACUUUUUUUUUUUUUUUGCAACCAGCCCUGUGACGUAGGCUAAAUGAAAAUAUGUAAGCAGCCAUUCUUAUCAAUAGAUUGCCGGGAGAGGCAGGUGCAAGGGGCCCAAUCCACAUACAGUGUACGGGACCCAGGAAAUCCUGUUGGUGUCCCUGUUUGGGAUUUAGGGCUUGGGUUUAUGCACAUUCAAGUGUGGAGCCUUCGGUCUCACUAAUGCUAGAGAAAUGUCUGUGUCUUGAGGGGUGGGGGUCACAAUCUUCCUGCUCUAUUAUUUGCUCUGCUCCCUGCUCUCUGCUUCUUCAUUUCUGAAUCUAGUGGAUUGCAGAAGAGGUAUUUCUUCAAAGCCUCCCUUUCUCUUUUAUAUACAGUGGUACCUUGGGUUAAGAACUUAAUUCGUUCUGGAGGUCCGUUCUUAACCUGAAACUGUUCUUAACCUAAGGUAACACUUUAGCUAAUAGGGCCUCCUGCUGCUGCUGCGCAAUUUCUGUUCUCAUCCUGGGGCAAAGUUCUUAACCCGAGGUACUACUUCUGGGUUAGUGGAGUCUGUAACCUGAAACGUCUGUAACCUGAAGCGUCUGUAACCUGAAGCGUCUGUAACCUGAAGUACCACUGUAUAUAUAUUUGGACAGGGAGGAGAAGGACAUUGUGCUCUGUUGAGGAAUCCUGCCAUGCUUUGUCUCCUCCUUACCCUUUUCCAGGAAAAAAAGAGCUCUCUCUCUCUUCUCACCCCCUCCAGCGCUUCACAGAAGGUCCCUAACACAGUUUGCCUCGAUCUGGUGCUCUUCAUUUCCUCGUGGGCUGAACUAAUAUCUGCCUGGUUUCAGAGCCACUGUAUGUUAUCUCUUAUGACAUUUGCCAGUGUUUUACUAAAAAAGCUAAGACUGAAAGAGCUCCUUGGUGUGCAGCAUGAUUUUUUGGGGGGGGGGGGAGAUGCCACCUUUUUUUUUUAAAUCCUUACAAAAAUUCACCAGCAUUUUGGUGCAAAUUCCUCCUAAUAUUCACAUUUUUGUCUGCAAUUCUUCCUCAUAUUCACAUUUAUUUUUUUUUGCAAAGUAACUUCCUAUAAUAUAAUGCACUUCUGUAUGUUGUUUGACACCAAUAUAUGCAAUUUUAUCCACGCUUUGCAUUUGUGUAUACAUUGUUUGGCUGGAGAAAAUUGCAUCGCAAAAUUUGGAAAGCUGCAGAUUCGAGAAAGGUGGCUGUGUUUCAGUUCACGUGUUGUUUCAGAUUGUGCAAGUUAGGUAGGUUUGCCUUUAAAUGUGAAUUGCAUCAAUCCAGCCCCCCCCCCCCCCAAAUCUCUAUGUGGUGGUGGAGAAGGGACUUCAUCUCUUUUGGAUCACUGAGCUCUGGCUUCCCCAGAGUCGAAGGACAGGAAUGUUUCCCCCCCCCACUCCCACUCCUUUUGCCUGGUCAGCUCCUGCCAGGCAGACUCGAAAAGAGAGCUCCGUUGUCCACCUAGGGCUGAUCAGAGAGCAGCUCCACACCCUUUGCAGCAGGAAGCAGCUUUCAAGCAUUCAGAGGCUGGAAAAUGCCAGGGGAGCUUCUAGCUCAGAACCCAAGAAAAAGCUCUGGAUGAAAAGGACAGAGCUGACAGGUGCUCCUUCCAAACAGAAGGGAAGCUGUCAAAUAAAUCUGACCUUGGUAGAUCCCUUGUUCCUACGCGCCACCAAAAAAAGCGCAAAAAAGCAGCCAGGUGUCCCUUUACCCCCCAAAAUCUUCUUAAUACCUGCAGUAGACUGUGUGGGAUACAAUCCAACCUUCCAAGGACGUUGCACUGCUUGUAAUGGGGCAAAUGGUGAGAAUGAAGAAGUUAUGUGCCUGUGCCACAUACUCACUGAUGUGGAAUAUGUCCUUUCAGUUGCAGAUGAGAAACAGGGCAAAGCUGCAUUCAUUAUGAGGAUGAUGAUCUGCAGUGAGAAAGCAGCAGAAACUGCUUGGCGUACAGAUUGUUGGUGUAGAGUUCAGUUUGGCAUCCUGUGAACCAGGCAAAGGAUUCUGUCUGGGCCGUAGCUCAUGCUGGCAUGCCAAACCCCUCAUUGCAACCCAUGGUGAACUUGUGGUUGGAUCCUGCUUCAUCCUUAUAGGAGAGAGAAGCUCUAAAACUGUGCCAGAAUCCCAAACUGUUUCUUGAGGACAAUCCCCUUUUCUCUCCUUAGCUGCCUGUAGUAAGCCAAUGAGAAGACAUUUUCAGGCACUGGAAAGGGAGGUUCUUAGGAUUACUGGCUGGAAUAUCAUACCAAUGUCACACUGACUUUGAUCCAAGUGUGACAUCGUUUUAAAACCAAAUUCGUGGCAUGUGCAAUCAACCAGACAUGUGGCAAACAGGAUAGUUACUGGUGAAGAGGAAAAAGAUAGGUUGCCAUUUCAUAUGUUUGUAGAGCUAGCAAAUUGUAAAGGUAAAGGGACCCCUGACCCUUAGGUCCAGUCGUGACCGACUCUGGGGUUGCGGCGCUCAUCUCGCUUUACUGGCUGAGGGAGCCGGCGUACAGCUUCCGGGUCAUGUGGCCAGCAUGACUAAGCCGCUUCUAGCGAAGCAGAGCAGCGCACGGAAACGCGUUUACCUUCCCGCCGGAGCAGUACCUAUUUAUCUACUUGCACUUUGAUGUGCUUUUGAACUGCUAGGUUGGCAGGAGCAGGGACCGAGCAAUGGGAGCUCACCCCGUCACGGGGAUUCGAACCGCCGACCUUCUGAUCAGCAAGUCCUAGGCUCUGUGGUUUAACCCACAGAGCCAAAGCUCAGUCAAAUUGUACUCACUCCCUAAUUCAUUAUCCUUCUGGCUAGUCUGAGCUGAUUUGGUUUAUAUGAAUGAGUUAUGCACAUUUUGCAAAGCCUACAGAACUGAUGGGGAGCGGGGAAAUGCUUCCAUUUCUUGGGCUUCCUGUUUUGGAGUGCUACUCCAUUGCAAGCACUGAAGGUUACCACAAUAAUUGAGUGCUAUGGUCAUCUGCCCUUUCCUGGGUUUUUAUGAGUGUGUUCAGCAGUUAUUAUGCACCACCUUCUUUAAUCUCUGUUGCACCAAGCCUUAAGAAGCCAUGGCUCUGCAACAGAAGGCGUGUGCUGCUUAUUAGCAAAACUGAAGCAGAAGUUGUUCUAUUUCCCAGGGAAUUCAUUCAUGUAAUGAUGAUUCAUAUUUUGGAAGGCACAGGGUACUUCUGCAAUUCACCUAAGUGAUGCUGAAUUAGUGCAAAAUCUGCGCUGGCAAGCAGGUAUCUCACUGCUUCAGCUCCUGGAAAAAAAAUGAACUUUAGGCAUGUUAAUCAUCUAACAGAGAAAGGCAUGAACUGAUCACAAAUGAAAUACAAUGCCGUUCCUCAUCUACAACCCUGACAGAAUGCGAGACUGAGUGAGUUUGCUUUUUAAUUUGUGGCACAUUUCUCCCUCCCUGUGAUGGAGUCACAGCCCCUUUCUCUUUUCAGUUUGACGUGGCUUUGGCUUUUGACUGCACAAAUAUUGCCAAAGCAUAAGGAAAAAGCAAAUCCUUUUGGAGGCUUUCUGGGACAGGGACUAUGAACACCUUAUGGCUAAUGGCUAAUGUGCAGCCACAAGGUAAUGCUGACAUAUAUGGACACAAUUCUCUUGUGCAAAAGACACAGAGAGCUAAACUACAAAUCUUCUGAGGGUUAAUAGUAGGGGGGUUGUGAGGAGGGGUUGUUGGGAACACAGUGGGGGAAGAAAGACUUAUACACCCCUUCCCCCAACAUGCCGCGACCCCAACCCUGAUGCUCCCCCAACUCUCACCUACCAGCUCAGCUUAGAUUGACUUCCCCUUCUACCAGAAAGUUCUUCCCUCAAGCCAGACAAUGCAGCCAGUGGUCAGGUUCUGGAGGAAGGCCUGCACCUUGUCUACAACAGCAGUUUGUGUGGUGAGCUCCCGCCCCCACCAAUGGAAAUAAUGACACAUGACACAAUUAUUAAGGUUAAUGGGCUAAAUAAGGCCACAACUUUAUUGGUUACAGGUGAUGAGCUGUAUUGGCUUAGGCAUUGGUCCUAACAGACCAUAUCCGACUUCAGCCCGUCCGCUUGAAGUCCGGGAAGGGUUAACCACCAGUUGGGGGAGUCCUGCUGAUGCGCAUCAACUAGGAACUCCCCUGGGGUCACCGCUCGGGGGCGUGCCUUAGGCCCUCACCUCCCCAGGCAUCGGACAGGGCCACGUCCCCCGGAAUCCUUUAUCGGACUACCCUUCAAUAUGUGGGGCAGGUGAUGGUGCUAUCUCCCCUCUUCCAUCUACAGAACAAUACCAAUGCCUAACCACCAAUACCCAGAAAGUUGUGACGAUUAGCUACGAGGUAGGCGAAAACCAAGUGACUGGUGCCAAUUUGCCAAGUGGAAAAAUCCCUACUAGGCCCCUCAACGGUGACCAACCAAGGUCCAUAGCAAGGUCAAAGAACAAAAACCUGAUAGGGCGGGAGGGUGGGAAAAGCAGGAACAGCUGGCAGGCGGCAAAGAGGGAGAUCCCCGGCCGCGUCCUGCCUUAAAUAGGGCAGGCCACGCCCCCUGAGUCAGCUGAUUGGCUGGCCAGGGGAUGACGCAGCCGGGAAUCCCAAUAGUGCAGCGGCUGGUUCCAGCUGCUGCGCGCAUGUCGGGGCCAUGACGCCCGCAACUCCACCUCCGUAGGGCGGAAGUGGCUUUGUUUUGUCCAGUCAUCCCUGGGGGGAGCAACUGCAGGUGGCUUUUGUUUCCUCUGCCCCCUCUUCCAGGAACCCAUCCCAUCUCAAGUUUCCAUCACUUAGUCAUCCACCUGCAACACCUGGAACCAGCUGUCAUACCACAGGGUGAAACAACCUGCUUCACGGGGAAGGGGCUGCCGCGGGAGGAUAGCUGAGGGCAGGGCUUGGUGUCUGAACAGCGCAGCAAAACUUUUUAAAAUGUUGUUCCCGUAUCUCUCUCCUUGUUGCACAGAGGCACCAUUUGGACUCUGCUUCAGGAAGCAAAAUGUUCUGGGCUAGCACUGGCUGUUAACUUACAAAGCAGUCUUCCCUUUGUUGUUAUCCUUGCAUCAUCCACCUUCUGCUCUCCUUUCCCUAUAUGCUUCACGCUUCUCCCGCUCUCCUCCUCCUCCUCCUCCUCACCUUUCUUGCUCCCCACCCCCACGCAAGAACAUGUCCACACUGGGUCCCCCCCCCCCCGCCUCCAGAUUCCAUUAUGUUUGACCAGCAGGGCUGAACAGAGAAGCGAUGUCCUUGUUUCCAUAGAUCAUAAAGCAGCAGCAAGCUGCAAGGAAACAAAGAACCUAAAGUCUUCUUAAAAGUUAUCUGCUGUAUGGAGGGAGUGGUGUUUUGACACUUGGAAGGAUGCUAGUGAGAGACAGGAUUACUGGGACAGGUUCAGUGGCAGAAGGCCAGGAGCCGUCUGAACAUCUCUUUAAAAGGCAGGUGCCAGAUAUGUCCAUAAAAUAAUAACUAAUAACCUAUAAACAGUGACAUCACUGUCCACCUCAGUGCUGUGGAGGUGAUUUAGAGACACUUUGCCAGCUUGAAAUGAGAACAGCUGCUCUCUGCUGGAAAGAGAAGGAAAUCUUCUCAUUAGCAUUAAAUUUAAAUGAACCAUUCCUCAUUUGCAUAUUUCUGCGGUGCUCUAUUUCUGUAAAAGGGUAACUUGGGAGUGACAAUUCAGAUCAAGGUUCAGUAAUCGGGUUCUCCUUGACUGCAUUUCUUAAAAGCAUAAAACAAUGCUUUCUGGGUUUUUUACUCAUCUCACAAAAAGGAUGGAAAUCUUGACUUGCGCUUUGUAAUCUCUAUCCUGCCUCAGUGCCUAGCCCUGCAGAAGCCCACCCUUCCCAAUGAUCCAUGGCCCAGGGGAAUGCUGUACCACCACUACUACUGGUACCCAGAACUUACUAUCUGAACCUAACCAGGCAAAUCCUUGGAUGGCCAUGGUCUCACCUUCUGUGGUUCUCCUGUUUCCCUAGUGCAACCAGUCAGAGUUGCACACAUGAUGUUUUAGAUAUAUAACUAAGGUUUUUGAAAUAUGCACCUACAAAUGCAAAGUAUGUUUGAGAUAAAUGCAUGCUCAGAAGCAUGCUGUUAUAUUAAGGGAAUCAAAAGUAGAUGUGGCCUCUUGUUACGUAUAUAUUCAGUGGCACUCCCAGUUUGCUGCCAUAUGAUGCCUUAUGCAUCUUCUCUCACUCACUCACUCACUCACACACACACCUCUGUCUUUGACACUACAGACUGUCAGCUCUACUGUACACUUGGAAGACCACUUCAGUUCAUACGUUACUUGAAUUCGUAUUUAUGAAUACAAGCGUGAAGUGUGAACGUUUGCAAACAUGUGAGAAAUGUAGCUAGGGAAUCAUGACUGGCUGUGCAUCUUGGUUGAGGUUGUAUUACACCACAAGCUGCUACACACAACACCCCAUCUUUCAGCAUAGACCUAUAAAUGUAAAAUAUGACUGUGAUGACAAAAAAAAAAACAACCCUGACUCCACACCUGCUUACCUGUGUAUCAUAUUGUUGACAGGCUGCCAUUUUUGCUCAUUAUGCAAACCUUGGUGGCAAACCUGGAUUUUCUGCCCUGCAGUGUGCAGUGUGGCCUAGGACAAGGCAGAGAUGACUGUGGCUGCAUGUGCCAUGUCCGUGACUGCUCUUGGGAAAUGUUGCUGGUGGUUCAUGUCGCAAUUGGAUCUCUAGUUGUAGCUUUCAGACACAGUAAUGACCAGAGAACUAGAUAUUUGAAGAAGAGGUGUACAAAUUCUCAGCCAUCUGGUUAUUAUUGAGACGUUGAGUUAAUGGCCACCUGGCAGUGGCUUUACAUCAGUCAAACAACCAACUGGUACUGUGUUUGUGUGUGUGUGUGUGUGUGUGUGUGUGUGUGUCCAUGUCCAUGCAUACUCCAAUUUCUAGGGUACUUGGGCACCUCCCAGUUUGGCUCUCCAUGUGACUUGCCUGAUCUGGAGAAAUAAAUUAAAUGCAGGGAAUGAAAAUCAAGAGACCACACUUAAUGGUUGCUGUGGACAUUUGAGAGUGCUCUUGGAACUUGGACAACUGUUUCCCUGUGUAAAGCUUUGUGCUAUGGCUUGUGCAGGUGUCUGGCUGGCCACAGGGAGAUGAAUAUAAACAAAGCUUGAAUGAGUCUGGAUUCUCCCCCUACCCCACCACCCUACCCCCCAAAACUUAGACCAUCACUUUCUCUGGUACAGAAAUGGUCUUAAAUCUAAAUUAGGCCAGAGAGAGUCAUGCCGAAAGAGGGCCAAUGCCUGAAACACAGCUGACAUAACGAGAUUUAAAUCUGAGCCUCGGGGCAAAUGUGGGGGGGAGAGCGGGGGGGGGGAGAGAGAGAGAGAGAGACACCAAGGGAACGAAAUGAAGUCCAGUCUGCAGAAUGAGCUGCAAUGCAAACCUAGGCGAGCAAACCUGCUUGCUGGAAGCUCAGUAAAUGCCACAAAAAGGAAAGCAGUUCUUUCCAAUAUGCCAACCAAGAGGGAGAGGGAUUUCCUGUGCCUAUGGCUGCUGUCUUAAAAAGCAGAGACAUCACCUUGCCAACAAAGGUCCAUAUAGUUAAAGCCAUGGUUUUCCCAGUAGUGAUGUAUGGAAGUGAGAGCUGGACCAUAAAGAAGGCUGAUCACCGAAUAAUUGAUGCUUUUGAAUUAUGGUGCUGGAGGACUCUUGAGAGUCCCAUGGCCUGCAAGAAGAUCAAACCUAUCCAUUCUGAAGGAAAUCAGCCCUGAGUGCUCACUGGAAGGACAGAUCCUAAAGCUGAGGCUCCAAUACUUUGGCCACCUCAUGAGAAGAGAAGACUCCCUGGAAAAGACCCUGAUGUUGGGAAAGAUGGAGGGCACAAGGAGAAGGGGAUGACAGAGGACGAGAUGGUUGGACAGUGUUCUCGAAGCUACCAGCAUGAGUUUGACCAAACUGCGGGAGGCAGUGGAAGACAGGAGUGCCUGGCGUGCUCUGGUCCAUGGGGUCACGAAGAGUCGGACACAACUAAACGACUGAACAACAACAACAACAACAUGGCUGCUAUCAACUAAGAAUUUCAGUAGAGCUCUUUUCUUAAAAACAUACACACACAAACACAAUUUCUUUUUCCUCUGCUGCAUCUGAACCAUUCUUCCCUGCCUCUUCUGAAGGUGAUACAAAGAGCUGUUAAGCAGAAACUCCUACAUCCCCAUGGACUGAAUCAAAUCCCCAUGGGGGGACAAACCUUUCUUCCGAGCCAGCGUGGUGUAGUGGUUAAGAGUGGUAGAUUCGUAAUCUGGGGAACCGGGUUCGUGUCUCCGCUCCUCCACAUGCAGCUGCUGGGUGACCUUGGGCCAGUCACACUUCUCUGAAGUCUCUCAGCCCCACUCACCUCACAGAGUGUUUGUUGUGGGGAGGAAGGGAAAGGAGAAUGUUAGCUGCUUUGAGACUCCUUCGGGUAGUGAUAAAGCGGGAUAUCAAAUCCAAACUCUUCUUCUUCUCUUCUUCCGACCCAGGAGUUACUGCUGCUUCCAUACACACCUGAGAUGGAGGUGUGGCUGAUCUUUGGCUACUGGGAAGAAGUGAAGCCUUGGUCCCAUAACCAAAAUCCAAGGAAAGCCGGCAGCCAUUGUGAGAGAGUGGAAGGGGCAUCAUGCUACUUCCACCUGCCUCGGAAGCAAGACUCACAUGCUGCCUAGGUUAAAAAGAAAAAAAAAAAAGGACAGCAGCUUUCAUAUGCGGUGGACACAGACAGAAUCAAACCUGGAGCCGGCCAGUCUUGCCAGGCAAAUGGAAAGUGCCAGAAGAAGCUUAAAACAAUAAGCACCUUGACAUAAAAGGGUGUAAUAUGGCAAAACUUUGCUUUGGAGUGACCUUUGCCAAUACGCCAAGCUGAUGUUAGCAGCUUUGCACUUGGGCCCAUGGGGCCAAUUGCCAGGGUUAGUCCCCAAAGGGUCUGCUUUGCUGGCUGCCCUCAAACAUCUUGGCACAAACAGGUGCCUUGUUGCUAAGAUAUGGAGCUCAGAUAACACCUGGGUUCAGUUCUCCAUUCUGCUGCAGCUUUCCUGCAUGAUCUCCUCUGUCCAGCCAUUUAGGGAACAGCCACACAUAGAUAGAUAGAUAGAUAGAUAGAUAGAUGAUAGAUAGAUAGAUAGAUAGAUAGAUAGAUAGAUAGAUAGAUGAUAGAUAUAGAUCAAGAUCUCCAUCCCACCUUCCAGGACACAAAGGGCACUAUUCAAUGAAUGAGUCAAACUAGCAGAAGCCCAUGCAAGCGGCUUCAUGCAGUGUGGAAUUUAAGGUGGUUCCCUCGCACAGGGUGCCAAGCUCGGGGAGGGGACGCAAAAUUGAGAAGAUCCAUUUGGGGUUGCUAAAUGUUGGCUUUGCACAGAGCGCCACAUUACGAAAGUUUACCCAAGUCUGCCCCUGCUUCCUGGGUGGUAGCAGUAGGACAGGACAGCAUGAAAACACAGUUACAGCAAGAAUAAAGUCUAUUUUGCUCAGGGAAUAGUGAAUCUGUGGCCCUCCCGACGUUGUUGGCUCCUAUCAUUCCUGACCAUUGGCCAAAAACAUCUGGAGGGGGCACAGUUCCCCCAUCCUUGAAUAGCUGGAUGUUCUUUUCAGCUGUCAGAACCGGGAGUCGGUUCCCCAUCAUUCUUCUAGUUUGGUUAUCUUAGCUGCAACCUGUGAACUGAUGUUAACAUGCUCGGUAUUAUUUUUAAUGAUAUUUUGUUUCAAAAGACCAUUAAUUAUCAAGAUUUCCCAGAAGAUGCAUUAACAGAAACUCAUUCUGCAUCAAGAAUUCACUUGGCCAGUGUGGAAAAUGAAGUCUGAUUGCUGGAGAUGAUGAUGCCUGGGUAAACAUGGAAAGCACAUUGCAGAGCUGGGAAAAGUUAAGAAGCACUUUUGUAUGUGGUUCCCAAUUGGUGGUCCAUGGAUCGCAGGGGGUCUGUGGCAGCAUUCACAUAACAAAAACUACCACCGACAUAUCCAAAUUUUCAAAAGUAGUGGGUCCAAGGUUUGACUUUUGGAAUAUAGGGGGUCCAGAGUACUAGGCUAAUUGGGAACCACUGUCCUAAAACACAGGGUUGAGAUUCGUUUUGUGGAAAGGUCCAAGCUCUGAUUCAGCAAAGCUUUGACGUCCAGAGCAGGGUUAGCAACAUGUACAUUAAAAGUAUUGUUGUUGCUGUUAAAAUGGCAGUAGUUAGUAGUAGCAGGGAUAAGUUGUGACUCAGCUACACAGCUGCAAAUAAAACAUUCUAAAUGUGUUGUAAGGUGCAAUAUACAAAUGUGACACUAGAUGGCGAUGGCGAGCUAUGCAAAAUUCAAUGUAUUUUUCAAAACUUUUUUUAUACCUUAGUUGGCAGAGCAUCUGCUAUGCACACAAAUGGUCCCAGGUUCAGUCCCCAGCAUCUCCAGAUAGAGCUGGGGGAGAGCCCUGUCUGAACCCCUGGAGAGUUGCUGCCAGUCAGUGUUGACAAUACUGAGCUAGAUGGACCCAAUGGUUUGACUGGAUGAGCAUACGGGCAUAGGAAGCUGUCUUAUAUUACUAAUUAAUAAUAGCACAACCUCAUUAAAACCCAACAAUUAAAAACCUUACUUUUCAGAAUUUCUCAUGCAUCUUAAUCCACUUGACUGAACAUUAUGUUAACUCUGUAGAAGGUUUUCUCAAAGUGUGCGGGUGGCUGACUCCGCUGCUGCUGCCGCCAUGAGUGGACUCGCUAUAAUUUAGCAACAUAGACAUCCUGCAGCAUAACAGGCUGGGGUAAAAAUAUAGGGACAGGUGGCUGUUAGGGGGUCUGACUAGAUUCCUGCCUACAUAAGCAGAGCACUCAAUAGGAUGUGGUGGCGAGUACCAAUUGGAAGCAGUCAAGACUCAUGCAAUAAAUAAAGAAAUAAAUAAAUCAUGAGCCCCAGGUGCUGUAUAAAGAACACUCCUGCUUAUCCAGGUGUGCUUUAUACUCGUCCUCCUGCUGCUAAUGCACAUUAAAAUUGCAUAGCAAACUGAAGUCUUCCAUAUACGGUGGUACCUCGGGUUAUAAACACCUCGGGUUACAAACACUUCGGCUUACAGACUCGGCUAACCCGGAAGUAGUACCUCGGGUUAAGAACUUGACCUCAGGAUGAGAACAGAAAUUGUGUGCUGGCAGCAUGGCAGCAGCGGGAGGCCCCAUUAGCUAAAGUGGUACCUCAGGUUAAGAACAGUUUCAGGUUAAGAACGGCCCUCCGGAAUGAAUUAAGUUCAUAACCAGAGGUACCACUGUACAAAAUAUACACUGCAUACUUCAACUGGUUUAAUGGUGUGUGUGUGUGUCCCGUUCCCCGGUCAAUGCAGGGAACUAUAGUUAUGUAAGGAGGCUAGUGAUCCCUAAUGGAGGUUUCUCUCCAAACUCCAAAUUCUCACCUGGGAUUCUUUGGGAGAUAGAGAAAUUGUGCCUCCCCACCCGCUAGGUGAUGUUGGACUCAUAAUCCCUGACAUUUAGCCAUGCUGGCUGGGGUCGAUGACAACACCCAGCCUGUCACUAUUUUGCAGGUGGGAUUCUAUUGCAUAGUGGCACAUUCAAGUUGUUCCUUUAAAGUGGAUCUGAGCUCUUGCGUAAAAAAAACCCAGAACAGAACUUCUCUUUAGGGAUAGUUAAUUCUGAAAUUCCGAAGGACCUUAAAAAAGAAUUAUGUACAGUAUGCUACAACCGCAGCCAGAAUGGUAUUUGCCCAGAGGUGGAAAGAGGAUGCUGUUCCAGCCAAGGAAGAAUGGCUGAUUAAAAUUUAUGGAUUACGCCAAAAUGGCAAAAUUAACGGGUGUGGUAAGAAACCACAAAAUUUAUUAAAGAGUGGGGGACAUUUGUUGAAUAUUUGAAAAAUCAUGGGAUGCAAGUAAGUGCAUUAGUAGGGCCAACUUAAAUCAAGCAGUUAAAAGUAUUAUUAAGAUUAAUUGUAGAAUAAUUAAAAAAUGGAGUAAAGUGGAAAAUGCAGUGUUAAAAAUUUAAAUAAGAUAAGAAACCACAAAACACGGGAGGAGGGAAGUCUAAUAUGUAUUUGUGUUGGUAGUAUGUGGUUGUAAGGUGUGUAUCUGUAAAUUUUUGAAAACUGAAAACUCAGAAAAGGAGGGCUUUUGAUGGAAAAAUGCACCGGGAACUGUACAGUCACAGUUGCUUAGUGUGAUGUUGUAACACCUCCCAGAAGCAAAUUUGAAUGAAUGCUCAAUUAGCAGCUGAUGUCAUAUAACCUCACAAUACAAACAAACCAGAAUGAAUGUCCACAAAACAGAUUGUCUGAAAGGGACCUAUAUCAAUGGGAAAAGCUUAGCCUGGAUUUGAGGGUGAGGGAAGAUUAGUUUCCUCAUUUGGUUGUGGGAGUUGGCCAUGAAUCAACAAGAAGGAGAUGAAAAUAUUGAAAAGAGCUAAGUAUAAGAGACUUGUGAGUUACUGCGGGCUUCUCUUUUGUUAACAUCUGGAUUAGGAUAUAUCCCUGUGAAAAUAAGUAAAAGGGUGUUGCUUCCAUAUUGGUCAAAAAGAAUGCAAGGCCCUGGUCGCCGAAUGCGAGUCUGCAAGAUUUCAAAGCUUUGCAGAGUUAUUUGCACACCAUUUCCGACAGAUGGUUCAAAGAAAGUUUUCCUCUUAUGUACUCCGUGCCUUCAAAUAAAAAUAUGGCAUUUUCUAAACAUAUAAAAAACAUUUCUCCUUGCAAAAAAUAAUAUAUAAAUCAAACGCUGUAGUUCCGUCUAUUAAAAUAAAGAGGUUAACAAAGUUCUAUGAAGUAGUCAUAUGGAUUUGCAGCUUUUUUUAUCUAAAGAAAAUGCGAUGAAUUUAACAAUAGAUCCACAAAAGGAUACCUACAAAAGUGGUUUUUCCCUCUUAGCAUUUCAUUAAGGGAGUUUUGCACACCGAUUUUUAAAUAGGUACUUGCUGUUCAGAUCUUCAUGCGGCAAGGCACUUAUUGCAGCCCCUCUCAGCAAGAUCUUAAUCACGUAAUUAGAAACAUAUGACUAGCCCCAUUGAAAUGUAUGGGAUUACUCCCUUGUCUGAUGUUGAAGUGAUGUUAAACAUAAAUUGAUGUGUUAAACAUGGUAAAGUGCUUUAUUGACUAUGGCUAGACAGGCACAUGGUUACAAUUUAGCAUAUUAUUUUAGCUACAGUAUUCCCCUCCCCACUAGGAUCUAUACGUUUAAGAGUGAAUUGCCCUUACCCAGCAGUUUGGUUUGGGUGUAUUGGUCCAAUGUGCAUAUGAAGCAGCUCCCCUUUCGGUAUUGAAAGAGGCCUCCUGCUCCAUUUAUUUUAAGACCUGGAGUGAGCAGGUCUUAUUCAAAUGACAGUAUUCUGCACAGAGCUUGGACACUCCACUGAAUGCCCAUUAGGGUUCUGGGUGGGUAUUCUAAAGGCCUGGUUCAAAUAUGCAUGUUUAUUGCUUGACGAUGGCAGUAGGAAGUGGCAACUUACAGGUGAGAAUGAGUCGUCACAGUUCAAACACAGCAGGCGGAGCUUUUACAUCACCAUACAGAAUUUCGAGCGCAAUAUUUCUCAGUGGAUUUGGGGAGGAGAAGGGGAAGAACAUUCCAUUGCACAAGCAGAAAUCCUGGCACUGAUGGAAUGCUCAUGUAGUGCUGUGUUGGGUUCUUGUUGUUGUUUAGUCGUUUAGUCAUGUCCAACUCUUUGUGACCCCAUGGACCACAUCACGCCAGGACUCCUAUCUUCCACUGCCACCCGCAGUUUGGUCAAACUCAUGCUGGUAGCUUCAAGAACACUGUCCAAUCAUCUCGUCCUCUGUCUCCCCUUCUCCUUGUGCCCUCAAUCUUUCCCAAAAUCAGGGUCUUUUCCAGGGAGUCUUCUCUUCUCAUGAGGUGGCCAAAGUAUUGGAGCCUCAACUUCAGGAUCUGUCCUUCCAGUGAGCACUCAGGGCUGAUUUCCUUCAGAAUGGAUAGGUUUGAUCUUCUUGCAGUCCAUGGGACUCUCAAGAGUCUCCUCCAGCACCAUAAUUCAAAAGCAUCAAUUCUUCGGUGAUCAGCCUUCUUUAUGGUCCAGCUCUCACUUCCAUACAUCACUACUGGGAAAACCAUAGCUUUUACCAUACGGACCUACCACCCAUUAUUUACAGCCCAUUGUUAUAGUACAGAGUUCUGCAGUCUCAGAUCAUUAUCUCACUCCUGCCCCACUUGCUCCUUCCUAAGAUUAGCGUCUUCCUCCUAACCACUAUGGUUUCCUUCCAAUCUGUGAGUCUUCUGCUAGGAGGGAAUGCUGUCAUUCACAGCAAGCUUGUCUAGCCCAGCAAUGCAUUUGCUAGGCUCUUUCCUUGCCAGUCAGCCACCAACCAUGUAUCCAAGGCCCUCAGGCCCUGUCCUUUUGCCUUCCUCUGGGCCACUCUCCCCCAUCUUCCUCCUGAUUUGAAUGCCAGACAUGCAUAUGAUGUCUGAUGCUAAUUCCCCCCCAAAGAGUUAAAUGAUAACUCAUCAGAGGCAGCUACAGUUGCAAAUGGAAACAAAAUAUCUGUGAAAGGAAGAGGAGCAGGUUUGCUCAAGUGUGUUGCACGUAGAAAUACUGUUUGUAAUGAAGUGAGAGCAGUAGUUGCUUGAAUUAGCAAAUAAAUAAGUUUUGAGAAUUUACAUGUUAGAUUAAAAUUGAUUAAUUCAUUGAGAAGGGGAUUUAAGAAAAACACUGGGGCCUAAUUUGAAUAAUAGAGUGCCUGGUAUCUGGUGGGCAAUAUCCUCCUUUAUUUCCACACUGCGGCUGCAGACCAAAUCACCUGUCAGGAGAGCUAUGAGAUUCAGGUGAGGGUCAUAUGCUUUGUCAAUCCCAGCAAGUAUAUGACAGGAAGACCGGCCUACCCAGACCUUAUUUUAAGAAUAACAUUAGAACUUCAUUUUCCAAAAAAUAAUGCUCAUUCCACAAAAUGUUUACAAAGUUCAGCUACUGCAAAAGUUUUAUGCAUUUUUUAAAAUCACCAUGGUAUUUAACCAUCUUAUGUCCUUUAGAGGAGAAUUUGUGAAUUGCAGAAUUUUAAAUACCCGUCAUCAUCCUUGGCUUCACUCAAUUUUGUUCAUAACACUCUUCCAUUUUCUUCUAGUCGUGAGGGUAGGGGGGUGGGCCUCACAAGUGGAAUAGCCUAGGGCCUCUCUUCAUCUAAAUCCGGCCCUGAUCAGGGCAGGAGAUCAUAUUCAAACUAAGCUCAGCAAAGUUCAUGGUUGAAGGGAAGGAGUUUUCUGUGGCUCCGUUUUCUAGCAGGGCCAUGAAAUACAGCAGAUAUCAGGGCUGGGGAAAAGCUCAGCCACCAACCGUUCCCCAGAGAGGAUUCAUUUUUAACUAAGCUGCUGUGUGUGCACCUGAACCAGUGUCUCAUUUUUCUCUUGUCUUUUUCCUUUGUCAGGCAGGGCUUGAAGAUUCAAUUACGGAGGGAACUGGCCGGCCUGGCGUAGAUGGUGCUUUGCUUCCCCACAGACUUUACAGGCUUGCUGUAAGAAUUUGUGUCGCAUGCGAACCAGAUUGCAUUUUUAAACUAAGAUGAUAGGUGUAUGGGCAAAGACCAUGGGAAUUAAAAACUACAGCGGCAAAGCAAAACACGAAAGUCAGGAAGCAAAAACAGCAGGUGAUGUUGUCUUAAAAGGCAUUAAGAUGCAGAACCUGCAAUUUGGAAAGAAAAAUAACGUGCAGUAUUAUAGCUGAAUGCGCCUUUGGCCCCUUCUUUCCUGGGGACUCUGUUUGUGCCCCUGCACUGGUGUGGGAUGAGUGAGCUGAGCUCUAAACCUCCAUGUCGACUUAGAAUAUAUACAAGACCAGCUCUGCCAAAAAUGCAAGAUGCUGCUUAUAAUGAAUGGCACUUAGCGAUAUUAUGCCUUCCAGGUGAAGCACAAACAGAUGCUUCUGAGCAGCCUUCACUACUUCUGGCCUACUGAGCCAAUCACAGACUACCAGACUUCUCCAAAUUUGCAGUGGCUGCACUCCAAGAAGCUGCUUCCAACAGCAGUGUUCUUCUGCUCAGCCCAAUCUUGCAUUUGGAAACAUGCAUCUCUCCCUUUCACAGAUUCAAAAGAUUUCUUAAGGUGCUGUGCCUUAGUUAAGUGUCAAACGCACUAGAGGCUAAUGGCUUAUUGUUUUGUCAGGAAGCACAGGGGGAACCCGUAGUUUGCAAAACUGAAAGGAGAGCUGCAAUUCUUGGCCGUCUGCAAAAAGAAUCUCUCCUUUCAAUGGCUUGUUUUAAAUUUUGGUUUCCGGUAAAUGCAACUUGACUUUUGUAGGCAGUGUAAAGGUAAAGGUAAAGGGACCCCUGACCAUUAGGUCCAGUCGUGACCAACUCUGGGGUUGCGGCGCUCAUCUCGCUUUAUUGGCCAAGGGAGCCGGCGUACAGCUUCCGGGUCAUGUGGCCGGCAUGACUAAGCCGCUUCUGGCGAACCAGAGCGAACCGCCGACCUUCUGAUUGGCAAGUCCUAGACUCUGUGGUUUAACCCACAGCGCCACCCGUGUCCCAAGUAGUUUUUAGGCAGUGAGUAGCACCCAAAGGCUUUACGGUGUCAAAUAGAUAUUAUUAAUACAGUGGUGCCUCGCAAGACGAAAUUAAUCCGUUCCGCGAGAGUCUUCGUCUAGCGGUUUUUUCGUCUUGCGAAGCAACCCUAUUAGCGGCUUAACGGAUUAGCGCUAUUAGCGGUUUAGCGGCUAUUAAAGGCUUAUCGGCUUAUCGGAUUAGCUGCUAAAAGGCUAUUAAAGGCUUAGCGGCUUAGAUAAAGGGGGGGAAAGCGGGGGAAAAAUCUCAAGACUCGCAAGACAUUUUCGUCUUGCGAAGCAAGCCCAUAGGGAAAUUCGUCCUGCGAAGCGACUCAAAAACGGAAAACCCUUUCGUCUAGCGGGUUUUCCGUCUUGCGAGGCAUUCGUCUUGCGGGGCACCACUGUAUUGAUAUUAUUAAGAGUACAUACACAUCACGUUUUCUGGCAUUUUCCUAUCCCAAGAGGCUAACUUGUUUUCCCUUCAAAGCCCAGAACUCAUUUGACAGUGCAAUCCUAUACACAGAUUUGUAGAGUUGGAAGGGACCACGAGGGUUGAACCCCAAGUGCUUGAGGAUCCUCCACUUCAACUUGUGUUGGCUCAUAAGGCUCCCACUUUUCCUCUGACAAGCCCCAGAUUUCUCCAAGGCACCCCAUUUCAGCUCGGAAUUCAAUAUUCCUGCACACCCCAAUAUAAAAGUUCUGAAACUUGUUGAUUAGUUGCCCAGAUGGUGGCUUCACCUUUGUGUUUCAUCACUACGUACACACUUCCUAGCUUUUUUCCUCUGCAUGGCCCUGGAACCAGGCAUUUAGGAAACAUUUCUGCACCAGUCGUCAAAGGCCUAUAUCCCUGAUAAUACCUCAGUACAUGAGGGUGUUUAUUGUUCAAACAGAUGUGACAGAAGACAAUCGUGUUUCCUGGUUCUUGGCUUGCCUAGGUUUAUUACCCAAAGCAAUGAACGCAUGUAGAACCAUUGUACCAAGAACAGAUUUCCAUGUGGUAAAGUAAUGGAUGCUCAGCAAAAUUGUGCCGUUACAGAAGUUUGCUUUUAAGUAAGCAAACUUAGAGCACAAAUGCUCCGUUUCACGUUGCAAGUGGAGAGGACUGUCCCAUUCUAGUUUUAAAUACAAUGUGCCUCAUUCUUCCAUUGAUUUUCCAAGAGGGAUAAUUAGCAUGCUGUUCUGGGAGAAUGUGCUAAUAAGUUAUUAGUCAUGUGCUGCUUAAAUACUUGGCUUUGGCAAAUGUAAAUGCCCCGCAGCCCAAUACUGCUAAGCUUCCAUUGCGCCAGCAUAUUUAAUUGGAUUUAAUAGUGUAAAACUUCAGGACAUUCUAGAACCCCUUUGUGUCAGAGUAAUUGCAUUCUGGAGAAGCCUGGGGUUGCUCUGAAGUGUAUAUCCUGGGCCCCUCCAUGGGAAGAUAGUUGGUGGCAAACAAGCUUCUCUGAAAUACAUUUCGGCCACCACAGCAGCAGCCGCCACCCACUACAAUGCCCCAGCCAUCAAGGAGUGCUGGAUGUGCUUCUACACUACAUGCUGAGAUCAUGUGGACCAAAAGCAGGUCCCACCAGACUUUGCAGGCGCUCCCCGUGGGAUUAAUCUAUAUCCCCUAGAACGCUUCCCAGAAUCAGAUGUCAGAGAAACGCACUGAAAACGGACUAUCAAAUGGAUUUCCUCCCAUCUGCCCAUUCAAUCCCCAACACAGCACAGACUCGUGCUUUUUUGCUUUAGUCCUCCACAACAAAAGUUGUUGUUUUUAAAGAUGCAUUGCACACUUUAUAUCUAAACAGAUAUGUAAAUUGCUUUGCAUUUAGAUAUCCAUUGAUGUAGAAUUGCUGCUGCCCUGACAGAUGCCUGAGGCAGCCUCAAUGCACCAGGACUGUCAACCCUAACCAUGGUUACUCAGAAGUCAGCGGCACUGAAUUCAAUGGGAUUUAAUCUUGGGCAGGGGAGGGUUAGGGUUGUAGCUUUAAUCCACUUUUUACUGUGAACUAUAAAAUCAAGUGGAAUGCAGCGUUGAUUGUUUUCCUUUUCCAAGGGGCAGCCCAUCCCUUCUCACCACCUGAAGUGAAACAGGAAUUGCCACCUCCUGGCCCACCAUGCUGUGUCCCACUUGCACGGGUGCCCUGGCUCUUACCAAACUUAGUGGGAGUCAGGGCAUUCCUCAAACUAUUGCUGCUCUCUCUGCUUCUCUGCCCAGGGGUGGGGAAGACAAGUGGCAAUGGGGUGAGCUAGAACACCUUCCUUUCUGUGGCAAAAUUGGUGGGAUGGGUGGAGCAUUGCCUCUUACACUUCUGCCGCCUGAGGCAGGUCCUUCACCCCACAUCAUGGGUGGGCCGGCUCUGUCUUUUCCCAUGGAAAGAAGUGAUCUCUUUUGUUACCUGUGGACUUUAGCAGUCAAAGUGAAGAGGCCCAUAUGGAUUGGCACCCGUCCCCUAAAUCUUCAUUUUGAAGUAUUGCCCUACUAGCCAAGUCCCAACAUUUGAAACAAAUUACCUAGAGAGUUUUGGGAUGCGGGUGGUGCUGUGGGUUAAACCACAGAGCCUAGGACUUCCGAUCAGAAGGUCGGCGGUUCGUAUCCCCGUGACGGGGUGAGCUCCCGUUGCUCGGUCCCUGCUCCUGCCAACCUAGCAGUUCAAAAGCACGUCAAAGUGCAAGUAGAUAAAUAGGUACCACUCCGGCGGGAAGGUAAACGGCAUUUCCAUGUGCUGCUUUGGUUCGCCAGAAGCGGCUUAGUCAUGCUGGCCACAUGACCCGGAAGCUGUACGCUGGCUCCCUCGGCCAAUAAAGCAAGAUGAGUGCCGCAACCCCAGAGUCAGUUACAACUGGACCUAAUGGUCAGGGGUCCCUUUACCUUACCCAGAGAGUUUAUGUUUCAGCAGAAACACCCACACAUCACCAUUUUCUGAGUAACAUUUGCAUGCAUAAAAUGUUGCAAUAAAGAAAGGACUUACAUUAUGGUUAAAGAGCAUUAUUACUGACUGAAGGAUUAAUUCAUACAUAAAGAGCAAAAUGUCAAGAGGGUGCUAAACCAUCCCUCCCUGAUGCCUGGGUGAGGGAAAGCAGACAAGAUGACAGGUGAUGGACUGUGAAAUCAAGCUAACCAGUUAGGCUGGGAUUCUGACUCCGCUCACCUCAUUGAAUUCCAUGGGGCUUACUUCUGAGUAGACAUAGCUAGAAUUGCAAGCAUGCGGAGCUUUGUAAUGGACCAUUAAGGUGCUUCAAGACUCUUUGUUGCUUUUGCUGCAUGCAAGGAACACCAAGGGAAAGUAAAUGAUUUUUAAAUAUAUGUUGAUGAUACUUUGUGCGCCACAAGAUACAUUUCCUUAAAACAAGCAUUUCCAUACAAGUAGAGGAUGAAAAGGAAGACUUGUGCAAAAGAAACCAAUUUCAGCAGAACAGAAAACAUCAGAUUAAUGUGCAAAUGGAUGUUGGCAUGAUCUUUGAAAUGUCCGUACAUUAAGGUUACCAGAUUUUUUUCAAUGAAUCCGGGGACACAUUUCAACUUCAAUGGAUUUUGUGUGGGGACUGAUUUGUAAAUCUGGGGACUGUCCCCGGGAAACGGGGAUGUCUGGUAACCUUACCAUACAUCCCUACACAGAAGCUCCAUGACUGACACUUGGGGGGGCGGGAGGUUCUCAGCAUGCAAAUCAAUGGGCAAACAGAGGGCUCCUAGAAGCAAGACCCAUUGCCUUAGUGUCUUAGUGCUGCCGCUCCACCGUGUAGCUUCAGACCAAAUCACCAACUUAGAAUCAUAGGAUUGUAGAGUUGAAAGGGACCCUGGCGGUCAUCCAAUCUAACCCCAUGCAAUGCAGGAAUAUGCAGCUGUCCCAUACGGGGAUUGAACCUACAACCCUGGUGUUAUCAGCACCACGCUCUAACCAACAGAGCCAUGCAGGCCUUCCUAAACAGCCAUGUUUUCAAUCAAAGCUAAACAACAGAGAAGCCGUAUGGCAGUCUUUCUCAACCUCGGCCCUCCAGAUGUUUUUGGCCUACAACUCCCAUGAUUCCUAGCUAGCAGGACCAGUGGUCAGGGGUGAUGGGAAUUGUAGUCUCAAAACAUCUAGAGGGCCAAGGUUGAGGAAGCCUGCCAUAUGGGUUACUAGUGAUGGGAGGAGAAGGAGGAUGAAUGCUCACCCCGAAUGGGAAAUCUAAUCUGAGCUAACAUUAUGGCAGUUUAUAAGAAAGACUGCUAUAGGUUUGGGUGUUUUGGGAGUCCAAGCAACAAGGAGGCAGGAAUGAUCAAUUCAUCAGGCAAUGUCAUUUUAACUUGUCUUUAGCUGCCAAAUUUCCACCAAAGGGCUUCCUAUUCUUUUCUUUUUUAAAAAAACAAAAACCCUCUCUGCUUCUUAUUUGGCAGGUCAUCUUCUCCAGCUGUGCUGCUGCCGCUGCAAUAUUCCAACAGCCUGCUGUAGGGUGUGGGGUGCUGGCUGUCUACUGCAAGAGGAAAGAAGUGAGCGUCUGGACAGUACGCCUGCCAAAAAUCCUUUUUAUCAAGAGAACAUCUUUUAUUUCAGAGCAUCCCUGCCCAUGGAAUUUCAGCAGUUGUAUUCUGGAACAGGGAAGAUGCAGCUCUGCUGAAUAGAUACCACAGCUUCAAAAGCACUCUUUUGUUUUGCAGGGUUUUAUCUGAUGAAUCUCGUGGUAUGAGAAUCUGGUGCUGUUUGAUUGUUCCUUCUCACAGAAUAGUUGCCGGUCAGAAAUUGGCAGCCUGAAGCGUACCAGAAGGCAAACAAGGGAAUGAGGUGUUGUGCACAUCCACAAGCCAUUCAGCAUUAUGCAAGAAGCCUAUUGCACUGCAAACUUCCAUGAGAAAUUGUGUGGCUACGUAGCCAUGAUAUCAGCAUUAUUUUGCAUUAAAAAUAUACAGUGGUACCUCGGGUUACAGACGCUUCAGGUUACAGACUCAGCUAACCCAGAAAUAGUACCUCGGGUUAAGAACUUUGCUUCAGGAUGAGAACAGAAAUUGUGUGGUGGCGGCGCGGUGGCAGCGGGAGGCCCCAUUAGCUAAAGUGGUACAUCAGGUUAAGAACACUUUCAGGUUAAGAACGGACCUCCAGAACGAAUUAAGUUCUUAACCUGCGGUACCACUGUAUAGGUUUUAGGCCAGGUGAUGGCCAUGGCUUCUCCCAACAAAUCUUGGGGGGUUGUAAUUCAGUUGAUGGUGCUGAGAGUUCUUUUAGAGAUCUCUAAUUAUUAGUAUUUAAUGAAUUUCAAGUGAAAGCUGCAUUUUAAGUUUGCAUAUUUGCCUGAGAUGUGGGAAUUAGGUUGGUUUGCAAUGAGCAAUGUACAAUGAACAAUUUCCCCCCAUCCCUACCUGCUUAGUACGAACAAAUUAGUACUACAAUCCCUAAUGCAAUUAUCAGCACAAGGUAAGGACUUGCAUGACUGGGUGGGUUAGCAAAGUCCAAUGUAGCACUUUCCAGUACUCUCGAGCACACCAUAAUGGCUAACCUAAAUUUGUAAAAGCCAGAGCAAUUACUCUUCCUGUGGAAUUUGCUGUCAGGUCCGUUGGAGAUGCUGUUAAGAAUGUAGCCGGUUGCUUACCUGUCAUCAAGCAGCGUCUUAAUAAUGUAGUUGAAUUUGAAUAAGCAGUUAUAUAUGAAUCCUGGUCCUACCUUCCGAGUGUGACACUGUAGAUGAAAUUGAAUCUCCACUUCAGUUUUUAAGCCCGGGAAUGAGCAAGCAUCUUAUCUGAAUAUAAUUUGUAGGCUAGCAGCUGAAGCAGCUGCUUACACGGGAUUUAGUCUGUGCUUCUUAGAACUGAUCGAAAAUAUUAUCCUGCCUUAUUAAAAUCACUCUGCAGCUUUUCCAGUCAUGUGUCAACGGGAAAGCAAAAACAAACACCAGAAUGCAUCUUUUUCCAAGCUGUGGUUUGAAAAUGAGUAGUUUGCAGAGGUUCACUUUUGCCAUUACAAAUAAGCAAGGCUUUUGUAUAGUUCACUGAACAUUUACAAUGAUAUAAUACAAAUAUAUAUAUAUAUGCAAAUUUUGGGCAUAUUUGACCAUAUAUAUAUAUAUUUACAAUUUUUAAGUAUUUGUGAAAACAUAUUUCACAGCAUUUGUGCAUUUUUUAACUGAUAAACACGGCACAAAAUUUAGAGAACUACAUUACUUUGCUGGUUGCUGUGCUACAUUCAGCGCAGCAGUCUGGGUUUCAUGAGCUGAUUUGGUCCUCAUCAAAUGCGGACUGAACAAAUCCUCAAGCAUCCCAAGCAGUAAAUCAGCAACACCUUUUUAACCAAUUAGAAGGCUUUUAAUUGAUUCACCCAACCAAUUAAUUGACUAAGCGCCACAGCCCUACUUAUUUUGUUAUGAUUCACUGCUUCACAGAUUAUAAUAUGUUGAUUAACCAUGGCUCUCAAAACUAUGAUAAUUCAUUGAUAAGUCUUCCAUCGCUUGUCUCCUUUGCUACAGGGUAAAAGUGCUCACUUCCCAGGUCAACAAUCUCCUGCUUCUGUUCUUGGGGAAGCAGAGGCAUAG